AUGAUGUAUACUAUAAACCCACAUGAUUGUACCAAAGAAGAUGGCGCGCGUUGUAUAAAUGGUGUCUGUCUAAACGGUGUGUGCCAUUGUAACGAUGGUUUCGGCGGAUGUAACUGCCAGGAACUUGAUGUAAACGAAUGUAAAGACAGGCCAUGUGACGUUUUUGCGCAUUGUACAAAUACUGUUGGUAGUUUUCAAUGUUCAUGUUUUCCUGGCUAUGUUGGUGACGGAUUCACUUGUAAAGAUAUAAAUGAGUGCGAAGAUCCUGCAAUUGCCGCUCGCUGUGUUAAAAAUGCAGAAUGCUGUAAUUUACCCGCUCAUUUUAUAUGCAAAUGUAACCGAGGUUUCGAAGGCGAUGGCGAAGACGAGUGCCGAGAUAUUGACGAGUGUCGACGACCUGGCGCUUGUGGUGUUAACGCUUGCGUCGAUGUUGAUGAGUGUUUGAACACGGAAGCCUGUGGUGAGGGAGCUGUUUGUCGAAAUCUGGAAGGAGGUUAUGAGUGUAGCUGCCCGGCUGGCUAUGAAGGUGAUCCUCGUGUCGGUUGUCGUGACCAUGACGAUUGCUCGCGUUCCUCCUGUGGCCGCAACGCAGUCUGCGAGAACAUCCCCGGCGGUUUUCGUUGUGUUUGCCCACCAGGUUACGAAGGCAACCCCGAUGUCCAGUGUACCGACGUGGAUGAAUGUAAGAGUAGCGAGUCAAUCUGCAGCGAACACGCGGUGUGCUCUAAUACUAUUGGCAGCUUUGUAUGCGUGUGUAAACCGGAGUACACUGGCGAUGCACGCGCACAAGGUGGAUGUCGCGACAUAAACGAGUGCGAAGUAUUUGAACAACCCUGCGGUACAUAUGCGCUUUGUGAAAAUGCAGAACCGGGGUACAAUUGUAUUUGUCCUCAAGGUUAUAAAGCUAAUCCGGAUCCGCAGAUCGCCUGUGAAUUGGUCGAUGUCAAUACUUUAUGUAAAACAAAUUUUGACUGCACGAAUAAUGCUGAAUGCAUUGAAAAUCAGUGUUUCUGUAAAGAUGGAUUCGAUGCUAAAGGAUCAGUUUGCGUGGAUGUCGAUGAGUGUGUUACAAAACCAGCUAUAUGCGGAGAAAACGCUAUGUGUAUUAACACACCCGGUGGUUACAACUGCGAAUGUGCAGCUGGUUUUAUAGGAUCUCCACCACGAGUAAAAUGUCGUGCUCCUUGUGAAGAUGUUAAAUGUGGUGACCAUGCAUUCUGUAAGCCAGAUGGUUCUGAAGCAUAUUGUGUAUGUGAAGAAGGUUGGACGUUUGAUCCAAAUGACAUAGCUGCGGGAUGUAUUGAUAUAAAUGAAUGUGAUACCUCAAUUGGAUCAGUUAGACGUUGUGGCGCUAAUGCAAAAUGCACCAAUACUCCUGGAAGCUUUUUGUGUCAAUGUCCUGAAGGGUUUACGGGAGAUGCUUACAAGCAAUGCAUAGAUAUCGAUGAAUGUCAAAUUGAGGGAUCUUGCGGUACUGGUGCCGAAUGUAAUAACCUGGAAGGUUCAUUUUCAUGUGAAUGUCUCGAAGGGUCUAUUCCUGAUCCUGAUCCCCAUAUUCGAUGUGCCGAAAUAUUAGCAUAUCCUUGUGAAACUUUGCAAUGUGGGAGUAAUUCAGAGUGUCUUUUACAUGACCAAGUGGCACAAUGUACUUGUCGCAGUGGUUACACGGGUAACCCACUGUCUCCAACUGGAUGUCAAGAUUUUAAUGAGUGUGAAGAAAAUCCCUGUGGAUCUGGAGCUGUCUGCAAAAAUUUACCCGGCCGUUUCUUAUGUGAAUGUCCUGGUGCUUUUAGUGGUGAUCCUUACGUUGAUGGUUGUAUACCUAGCAAAAUGUCAACACAGUGUAGUACAACUAAUCCAUGCCCACAAGGUGAACAGUGUGUGCUUCACGAAGGUGAACACGUCUGUAUCUGUAACCAAGGAUUCUCUAGGAGCAAAGACACCGCAUUAUGUGAAGAUAUCAAUGAGUGUACUCAAUAUGGCCGGUCACCCUGUGGCCUUAACGCUAUCUGCAAAAAUUUACCUGGCAGUUAUGAAUGCAAGUGUCCUUUUGAAUAUAGUGGAAAUCCCUACAACCUCUGUGAAGUUUGUGAUGAUAUAAAUUGUCAAUGCCAACUGCCUUAUAAGGUAGUGAAUGGAAGCUGUGUUUUAUCUGGUUGUACAGAAGAUAAAAAAUGCGGCAAAGGAGCCGAAUGUAUUGUUAUUUCAGACGGUGUAAGUUACUGUGCUUGCCCAUCUGGUUUCACUCAAACGUUAGAUGGUGCCUGUGAAGAUAAAGACGAAUGUGCUUCUGGUCAACCAGUAUGUGGUUUUGGUGCAGAGUGUAUUAAUACAGAAGGUUCUUAUACAUGUAAAUGUCCGUCUGGUUACAGCCAGGAUCCAACUUCUGGACAUUGUGCGUUAAAUCAAAAGAGGUGUAUUAGCGAUUCAGAUUGUUUCCCUAAUGAAAAGUGUAUACAGCCCGGUCAAUGCGUAUGUCCUCCUCCAUUUUAUUUAGACGUUACUGAUGGUCAGAAAUGUAAAAGUCCCUGUGAGAGGUUUACUUGUGGAAUCAAUGCCAUGUGCACGCCAAGUGACCCACCGCGAUGUAUGUGCAUGUCUGGAUAUGAAGGAGAUCCUUACACUGGCUGCACCAACAGAAAUGAAUGUCACAGCGCUCCAUGUGCUUAUGGUGCAAUUUGUCAUGACCGAAAAGGGGGAUAUCAAUGUGUUUGCCCUCCAAAAAUGACUGGAGACCCAUAUAAAUCAGGCUGUUCCACCGAAGAUGGUCCAACACAAAAGCAAUUAUGUAAUUCCGAUAACGAGUGUCCCAAUACAUUGGCAUGUUUAAACCACGUAUGUGUUUCACCUUGCAUUAGCGUCAUAUGUGGACCUAACGCUUUCUGUGAAGUUGAAAAUCAUGCCGCUUGGUGUCGUUGUAAUCCCGGUUAUACCAAACCUGAAGGUGGCAAAUGCAUUUCAGGUUGUGACACGUAUUCCUGCGCUGCUGGAGCACAGUGCAUAAUAUCAAAGUCUGGACCCACGUGUGUUUGUCAUGAAGGUACAGUCGGUAAUCCUUUUCCGGGUGGAGCGUGUAGACGAGAUGUAUGUGGAUCUGGUGUACCAUGCGAGGAACCAUUAACUUGUGUUGCCGGAAGAUGUAGGCAAAGGUGUGACGGCGUGGUGUGUGGAAUUGGUGCAUCUUGUAAUCAAGAAACUGGAAGAUGUGUUUGCAAUGCGUUUUUUGUCGGCAAUCCAGAUUUGUUAUGUAUGCCACCUGUAACCCCACCAUUAUGUGACCCAGGAUGUGGAAAGAAUGCGCAUUGCAUUUAUGGACAAACGAAUGCAUGUAAAUGUAAUAAAGGAUACACAGGAAACCCAUAUAAACAAUGCCUUCCACGUAGACAAAUAACUUGUGCCAAAACGUCCUGUGGUGUCAAUGCAGUUUGCCAACAAACAAGGGCUCAUGUGGAAUGUUUAUGUCCACCGGGAUAUAUUGGAAAUCCUAAUAUACAGUGCAUUGAUAUUGAUGAAUGUAGUUCUAGACCUUGUGCUGAAAAUGCUAUCUGUAUAAAUACUCCAGGAAGCUUCAGCUGUGUGUGUAAAAGCAAAUACGUUGGUAAUCCAUACGAGCUAUGUUCACAAAUUACUAUUCCUAAGUGUUUGGAAGGUAGUAUUUGUACGUGUUCUCAUAAUGCUACGUGUCCUGAGGGCUAUGUUUGUGAAAAGUCGAAAUGCGUAGACGUAUGCCAUACUAUAAUGUGUGGUCCUAAAGCAGUAUGUGAGAACGGCAAUUGUCAAUGUAUCCCUGGUCAUGUUGGAAAUCCUAACGAUUUACAGAGAGGUUGUGUUUCAGACGAUAAAUGUAUAGCAGAUGGCGAGUGUAAAGAUUCAGAAAUAUGCUUCCAGGUAGCUAAAAAUAUCCGUAAAUGUGUAGAUUCUUGUAGUAAGCUACAAUGUGGUCCAAAUUCUUUAUGUAUCGGCGCUAAUCAUCAAGCCCAUUGCAUUUGUGCAGAAGGUUAUAUUGGCAAACCCACUGAUAUUAAGAUCGGAUGUCACCUUAAACAAGCUGAACCAAGUGAAGCAGAAUGUAAUGAUAAUAACGAUUGUAAUGAACCACAAGUAUGUGUAUUAAUAGAAGGAUCUGUCAAUAAAUGUGUUGAUUUAUGCUCUACUAUUGCUUGUAGUGCUAAUGAAAUUUGUCGAGUAAUAGAUAAUAACGCACGAUGUGACUGUAAAGAUGGUUUUCUAUGGAAUCCUGUUACCUCGACUUGUGCACAGCCAUCUACUCCUGAUUGUGAAAAUGAUGAGGAUUGUGAAGAUAAUAAAUCUUGUCAAUUAGAUGUUCUUGGUGUGAAAAAGUGUGAAGAUACCUGUCUGUUGUUUUCUUGUCCACAAAACUCUAAAUGUGUUACGAAAAAUCAUAAAAGUCAAUGCGAAUGUUUGACUGGCUUUGCUGGAAAUCCAAACAAUCGAGAUGGUUGUGUAUUAAUAAACAAAAAUCAGUGUACUGAUGACGUUCAGUGUAGGGAAAGUGAGAUUUGUAAAACUGUCGGAAAUUUAAAAAAAUGUAUACCAGCAUGCCAACAGAUAACGUGUGGCCCUAAUGCGCUAUGUGUUACUAAUAACCAUGUUGCCAAAUGUCAAUGUCCAUCUGGUCCAUUUACUGGAAACCCAAACGAUCUGGAAAAAGGAUGCCAAUCAGUGCCUUGCAUUUACAACGCGGACUGUCUCUCUAACGAACUAUGUAAUAGAUUAACACAUAGUUGCAUGAAUGUAUGUAAUGAUAAUUCGUGUGGUGACAACGCGGUAUGUAUUGGAGAGAAUCACAAAGUUAUAUGUCAGUGUCCAAGUGGCUAUAAAGCUGAUCCAGUGCCAGAAGUAAACUGCAAAAAAAUGGAACUGUGCAACCCCAAUCCUUGUCAUCCAACAGCUAUAUGUGAGCCACUACAGUCAUCAUAUAGUUGUAAAUGUCCACCAGGGUUAGUAGGAGAUCCAGAACGAAGUGGCUGCAAAAAACAAGGCCAAUGUGCCGAUGCCAAUCUGGAUUGCCCAGCAGAAGCAGCUUGUGUUAAAGGGAGAUGUGUUAAUCCUUGCGAAGGUGCCUGUGGUCUUAAUUCGUUGUGUAAAGUAGCUGACCGAAAACCAAUUUGUAUUUGCCCUGACGGAUACGAAAGUAUACAAGGGGGAAAUGCUUGCAAGAAAAAGUUGCUGAUGUGUAAUACUGAAAUUGACUGUGACGGAGACAUUUGUUCGAAUGGUCAGUGUUUCACAGCAUGUAAAGACUCAAGUCAGUGUGAUCUAGGUGACAUCUGUAUCAAAAAUUUAUGCAGUACUCAAUGCAGUAAACACGCUCACUGUGGAAUCGGUCAAGCUUGUGUGAGUGGUCAAUGUUUAAUUGGAUGUAGAAUUAAUGAGGAUUGCCGCAGUGAUGAAGCCUGUGUAAAUAAUAAGUGUGUUAAUCCCUGUCUAGCAUCACGAAUAUGCGGCCCAAACGCUAUAUGUUCGAGAAUAAAUCAUAGUACAAAGUGUGAAUGUCCAUUAGGAUUCGAAGGUACGCCGACUCCUCAACAAGGUUGUGUGCGGAAACCAAAUACGUGUAUUCGAACAUCAGAAUGUCCCCCUGAUCAUAUGUGCAUUGGAUAUUUGUGUCAAGUACCCUGUCAAUAUAACUCAGACUGUGCGAUUGGGGAAAAAUGCAGUGAUAACAAAUGUCAUAAAAUUUGUCAUUCAAGUAGUAACUGUUUGCAUGGAGAACAUUGUAGCUCAGGAAUAUGUAUCGUUGGUUGUAAAGCAGAUACAGAUUGUCUGAAUAAUCAAGUUUGCACAUCUUCUAAAUGUCAGUGUUCUAAAGGAUUUCAAAAGAUCGGAGAUGAAUGCUUGAAUGUUAAUGAAUGUGAUAGUACUCCAUGUCACCCUUCAGCACAAUGUGUUGACGUUCCAGGAUCAUAUAAAUGCAUUUGUCCUAUAGGCGCUAUCGGUGACGCUUACAAAACAGGCUGCUUAUUACCGAAUCAAUGUCAAGAUGAUAAUCAAUGCGAAGAAUUGCUUGCUUGUAUACAAGGAAAAUGCUCUAACCCUUGUCAAAGUAAAGUUUGUGGUCUAAAUGCAUUAUGUACUACUAGUAAACAUAAAAUUACAUGCACAUGUGAGAAAGGUUAUCUUGGUGAUCCAUUUGAUAAAAAUAUAGGAUGCUUCAAAGUAGAAUGUGUUGAUGACUCUGACUGUUCUAAUGAUAAGUACUGCAAUCAUCAGAACAACAAGUGUUCUGAUAAGUGUGAUGAAUCAGUUUGUCUAGGUGGCAUUUGCACUAUCGAAAACCAUAAAUCACUAUGCACAUGUCCUCCAGGCUAUAAUUUAAUUAAUAACGUAUGUGAAGAUAUAAACGAGUGCUUGAAUAAUCCAUGCCCCCUUAAUGCUAACUGUGUAAAUACACCGGGCUUAUACAUUUGCAGUUGUGUAAAUGGCACUAUUUUGGAUAAUACGAGUGAUAAUUGUAGAACACCUGGAGAUUGCAUUUCGGACAACGAAUGUUCGGAUAAAACAAAAUGUGAUAAAAACCAUUGCAUAAAUCCUUGUGAAAAAGAAUCUCCAUGUGGGGAGGGUGCUGAAUGUGUGGUUAUAAAGCAUCGCCCAUCAUGUGAAUGUUUACCAGAUAGUCAGGGAGACCCAUAUAAAAAAUGUGUGAAAUUUGAGUGCACGAAAGAUAUCGAUUGUCCAACGGAAGAAGCUUGUGUCAAUUACAAAUGUAAAAAUUCAUGCAGCAUACCUCGAGCAUGUGGAAAAAAUGCUAAUUGUUUUUCUAGAAAUCAUAUCGGUCAUUGUUCCUGUUCACCUGGGUACACAGGAGAUCCAGUAUUAGGGUGUGUUCCUCUUCAAGUAUGCACGGAUGAUAGAAGAUGUCCCUCAGGAACUAGAUGUAUUGACAAUUUUUGUGUUGGACUAUGCAAAAACACAAGAGACUGUCUCAGUGACCAAGUUUGUGUUCAAGGCACAUGUCGCUUAACAUGUGACUCUAACAGUACUUGUCCACAAUCUCAGUUUUGUUUAAAUCGUAUCUGCAUAAAAGAAUUGCACUGUGUGUCGGACAGCGACUGCGCUGAUAAUGAAAAGUGUACAAUGGGUAGAAACGGUAUUCCAAAAUGUAUAAAUGUAUGUAAGAAACUUCCUUGUGGAAGACAAGCUUCUUGUAUUGGAAAGAAUCACCAGCCUGUAUGUGAAUGUCGUCAAGGUUUCUUUGGUGAUCCUUUACAAGGUUGUAAAAGAAAACAGUGUGAUGUUGAUACAGAUUGUUCAGAUGACAAGCUAUGUGAUAAAAAUAUGUGUAAAAUUGCAUGUUUAGUGGCAAAUGAUUGUGCUGAUAACACCAUUUGUUCAUCUGAAAAACAUAAACAUGUAUGUUAUUGUCAACCUGGUUAUACGGGUGAUCCUUUCGUCGGAUGUAAACCAAUAGAUUGGUGUGAAUCAAAACCUUGUGGUGACGGUGCUGAAUGUAAAAAUUCUAGAGAUCGAGCACAAUGUUUUUGUCCAGACGGCUUUGUAGGUAACCCUUAUGAAGAAGGAUGUCAUAAAGCACAAGAAUGCAGAUUAAACCGUGAUUGUCCUGCAGUCGCUCGUUGUACGGUAGUCGGUGGUGUUAGAAAAUGCACAGAUGCGUGUGAAAAUAUGACAUGUGUUGCUAAUGCUGAAUGUGUGGCUACACGGCAUAUAGGAAAAUGCCAAUGUAGAGUUGGAUAUGUAGGAAAUGCUUUAGGUGAAAAUGACUGUCGUCUUCAAGAAAUAUCAUGUACAAAAAAAGCCGAUUGUCCUGGAGAGCAAUAUUGUCAUAAAGGUGUAUGUAAAGGGCUAUGUCUUUUGGAUGAAGAAUGCGAGUCUACAGAGAAAUGUUUCAAUGGACAAUGUCUAGAUCCUUGUCAAACAGAAAAAGUAUGCGGCUUAAACGCACAAUGUCGUGCUGAAAAUCAUAUAAUACAAUGCAGUUGCCCUUAUGGAUUUACCGGCAAUCAAGAUAUUGAAUGUGUUCGAAUGCCCAGAAUAUGCGGGGGAGCUGGUGAAUGUGAAAACGGUUUUUCGUGCCAAGAUUCCAUGUGCUUACCUAUAUGUAAAACUGACGAAGAAUGUGCUUUGAAUGAAAGAUGUUCAAGCGGAGUUUGUUUGCUUACGUGCAGGGUAGAUAAUGACUGUUUUCUUGGACACAUUUGUUUGGAAAAUAGUUGUCAAUAUGGUUGCAGACACAAUGAAGAUUGUGGGCCAGAUGAAUUUUGUAAUAAUAAUUAUUGUGAAAAUCCAUGCGGUGCUGAUAUUAAUCCAUGUGGGCCCAACACUGUUUGUACAGUUUUACAGCGAAAAGCUGUUUGUUCCUGUCUUGAAAAUUUAAUACCGAAUCCGACGCCAAAUAUUGGAUGUGUAAGAGCCCCAUCUCCCGUGUGCCGCAAGCACACUGAUUGUGGUAACGGUUGGAGAUGUGAAGACGAUCGUUGUAGAUCCGCUUGUACUCUUGGAGUAUCUGAAUGUUUAGAAGGAGAAAGAUGUGAUUCAGGAGUAUGCCGUUAUGCUUGUACUGCCGAUGAACAUUGCUCUGAUGACGAAAUAUGCAAUGGAAGGUUAUGUGUUACUGGAUGCAGGUCGAAUUUUCAUUGUGCUAAAAACCUUUCAUGUAUUUCUGGCCAAUGUGCAAAUCCAUGUACAGAGCCCGCUACAUGUGGUGCCAACGCUUUAUGUAUAGUGAAAGAUCAUCAGCCUAUAUGUGAAUGUCCAUCAUCUUUAGUAGGUGAUGCGAAAUCAGUUUGCCGAAGAGUACCUUUGCCUUGUGACACAAAUAAAAAUUGCCCAGAUGGUUUUAACUGUUAUGGAGAUACAUGUCAUCCAUCUUGUAGAAAUGAUGUUGUCUGUUUAUCUAACGAAAAAUGCAUUCGAGGAAUAUGUAGAGUAGUUUGUAAUAGUGAUGAUGCAUGUAGCCAAGGAUAUAUAUGCGAGAAUAGAAUAUGCAAACAAGGUUGUCGUGAUGAUAAUGCAUGCGAUUUAAAUCAGUCUUGUAUACUUGGUCAAUGCAAAGAUCCUUGUAAAGAAGGCAAGGUUUGUGGUAUAUGUUCUGAUUGUAAAGUACUAAACCAUAGAGCUCAAUGUAGUUGCUCAAAUAAUUAUACAGGUAAUGCACUUGUAGAGUGCAAAAGAAAAACUCAAAUAUGUGACGGAUUUUGUCCCUGUGAUGAAAGUGGGUAUUGUAUUUCGUUAUGUGAUGAUAAUAGAGAUUGUUCCUGUGGCGAGAAAUGCUAUAACGGUGGCUGUAGGUUAAUAUGCUCCCCAAGACAUAAAUGCCCUGAAAGGCAAUUAUGUGUUAGAGGGGCAUGUGUACCGGGCUGCAAUAGCGAUAGAGAUUGUGGAGAGGAAAUGUUGUGUUCAUCAAAACUUUGUAUUGCUGCUUGUCAAAAAAAUUCGUGUGGUAAAGACGCUCAUUGCCUAGCUACCAGACAUAGAGCAGUAUGUAGUUGUCCUAGUGGAUUUUCUGGAGAUCCUUUGAAAGAAUGUAAAUCAUACGAGUGCCUUAAAAAUGAAGAUUGCAACCCUGAUGAAGAUUGUCACGAUGACGGAAUAUGUAGAAAUGUAUGUUCAGGAGCUUGUGGUAUAAACGCCAUCUGUCGACCAAUAAAUAGAGUGGCUCAAUGUUCAUGUCCUCCUAACUAUAUUGGAAAUCCAAAAAUCGAAUGUGCUAAGCCACCUGCUGGGAGCUGUUUGCGUAAUCCAUGUGGCAUAAAUAGCAGAUGUAGAGAUUUCGAUGAUGGCAGUUACGAAUGUACGUGUCCCCCAGGUUGCGCAGGUAACCCUCAAAAACAAUGUUUUUGUGGAGUUAUGGAACCUUGCGCUUAUAAAUCUUGUGGAACAAAUGCACACUGUCGCAUUGGGAAGAAUGGGGAAGCACAGUGCUAUUGCCCACGUAAUUAUCCUAAUGGAGACCCUAAUAUAGAAUGUGCCCUAGAGCGUAGCGUGAUAGACUGCCGAACAACGGGUUGUGGCAUAAAUGGCGAAUGUUUAAGAGAAGGUGGUGAAUUUGUAUGUCGUUGCAUACCUGGGACGGAAGGACAGGCAGAUAUCGAGUGUCAUACUACCGAGGGAUGUGAAGCUCACGAGCAGUGCGCGGUGGGAUUGGCGUGUAUAGAGGGUCGAUGUGGCGAUCCUUGUGCUCGGGGAGGACCUUGUGCGCCGGGUCAGCACUGCACGGUUACUGAUCAUCAACCGGUCUGUUCAAAAGUAUGCCAGUGUCAAACAGCAGCUGAUUGUGCAAGUUAUCCUAAUACUUACUGCGACGGUUGCAACUGUAAACCAGGUGGUCAACCGGUUGCCAACUGUGCUCAUUGUCGACCUGGCGUUCCUUGUGAUCCAUUCUCCGGUGCUUGCAUGGAAAAAUCACCUGGGACACCUAAGGCACCAGAACCUUGUCAAUCUGAUCGGGACUGUAUAGAAACUGAAGCCUGUUUUAUGGGAUUGUGUCAAAAUCCUUGUGAGUUUAAUGUAUGUGGUAUUGGAGCUAAUUGUCAGCCCGUACUGCAAAGACCUAUGUGUUCAUGUCCCGCUGGACACGAUGGAGAUCCGGCUGUUAAAUGUUCACCUAAAAAAAUUGGUUGCUCUCACAACGAAGACUGUCAACUGACUGAAGCUUGUAUAAAUAAUGCAUGUCAGCACCCAUGUGCUAUACACAAUCCUUGCGCACAAAAUGCUGUAUGUAUAAACACAAAUCAUGGUUCGGACUGUAAAUGUGCAGAAGGAUAUCAAGGAAACGGAUACGUAGGCUGCGUGCCAGUAAAAGAACAUAAAUCUGUAUGUCAAUAUAAUGAAGACUGUCCUCCGGAACUUCUUUGUGAUAGAUUAAACAGAGUGUGUAUUAGUCCAUGUACUGCUAAUAAAUGUGGAGACAAUGCAGAAUGUAUUCCAUUAAAUCAUGGCAUCCAAUGCGAGUGUCAUCCUGGAUAUACGGGAAAUCCUUUCCUUGAGUGCUAUCAAGUUCAAGGUUGCCGUUCGGAUAAUGAAUGUGCAAAUUCGGAGGCAUGUAUAAACAACCAAUGUGGUUCCCCAUGUCGAUGCGGUGUGAAUGCAGUUUGCGACGUGAUAAACCACAGAGCAUCAUGCAAAUGCGCACCGGGUUAUACCGGAAAUCCUACCUUUGGCUGUGAACCACCAACAAAUCCUUGUAAUCCAAACCCUUGUGGUGUUCAUGCUUUAUGUGAAGUUGACAAUGGUAACCCAAUCUGCUUCUGCCCUAAAGGAUUAACGGGGAACCCAUUUGUAAAUUGCAUACCAGAAGGAAAUGAAUGUGAACCAAAUCCAUGUGGUCCAUUUUCCGGAUGUCGAUUAAUAGGAGAUAAGCCAGCCUGUUUCUGUCUACCAAAUUAUGAAGGAAAUCCCCCAACUCAGCCUUGCAGACUGCCUACUAAUCCAUGUAGUCCAUCACCUUGUGGUCCUAACACACAAUGUAGUGUUUUAUCAAAUGGAUUCGCAAAAUGUACAUGUUUAGAGGGCUAUAUUGAGAGUCCAAAUACAGUUCGGGGUUGUGUGGAAGCACGAAAUCCUUGUGAACCCAAUACAUGUGGUAUUGGAGCACGAUGUGACCCUAAUAGAAUUCCAGCCUGCUAUUGCCCAGACAACUCCGUUGGAAAUCCUUAUGUUUCCUGUAAUCGUGGUUAUCUACCGCCUGCGGUAUUAUGUGAUCCCGGACCUUGUGGUAUAAACGCGGAUUGUUAUGUCAGCAGUAAUACAGAGAUGUGUUUCUGUAAAACAGGAUUUGUGGGCAAUCCUUACACAGGAUGCCAACCACAAAGAAGCCCUUGUGUUCCAGAUCCUUGUGGACCUCAGGCAAUUUGCGAUGAUAAAGAUGGAUUAGCUGUGUGUACAUGCAGUCAUGGAACCUCUGGUGAUCCCUAUGGUAUCCAAGGUUGCCAUUCCCAUGAAUGUGACUUUGAUAAUGAAUGUAGUCCUAAUAAAGCAUGCAUCGGUUAUACAUGUCGAGAUCCUUGUCCGGGAGCGUGUGGCCUUAACGCUAAAUGUUUUAUAGAAAAUCAUCGCCCAGUAUGUGAAUGUGAAAAGGGUCUUAUAGGAAAUCCUUUAAUAUGUUGUUUGCCUCCAGAAGAUCAGAAAUCAAUAGGCCUUUGCAAUAAAGUAAAAUGUGGUAUAAAUGCAAUUUGCCAAAUAGUGGGAGACAAGGCUCAAUGUUCGUGUCUUCCAGACUUUUUUGGUAAUCCUAAUGUAGAAUGUAAAACAGAAUGCCUCAUGAAUUCUGAUUGUGGUUCAAACGAGGUAUGCAUAAAUAACAAAUGCCAAGACCCAUGCACUUUUAAAAGUGUUUGUGGAAUAAACGCCAUCUGUAUAUGUUCUGAACAUACAGUAUCAUGUCUGUGCCCAGAAGGAUAUAUAGGUGAUCCAAUGACUCAAUGCAUAUAUCGACCUAUUAUUAUCACGCCAGAUAAUACAACUUCUCAACCAUGUUCAUCAAAUCCAUGCGAUCCAAAAUUGCCAUGUGAUACAUAUGGAAAUCAAUUUGCUAUCUGUGAUCCAUGUGUUGGCUCUAAUGCUGUUAACAAUCCAAGUUGCAGACCUGAAUGCGUGCUCAGUUCCGACUGUGCAUUCAAUAAAGCUUGUUUAGGAAAUAAAUGUACUGACCCAUGUCCAGGAUCAUGUGGUAUUAACGCUGACUGUGUAGUUCACCAUCAUGAUCCUAUCUGCUUAUGUAGAAGCGGAUUCGAAGGAAAUCCAUAUGAACUUUGUAAACCAACCACGAGACCUGUUGAAAGAGAACAUUGUGAGAAUGUCCGCUGCGGAGAUAAUGCUAUAUGCAAAGAUUUAAAUGGCGCUCUGUCAUGUGAAUGUCUCCCAAAUUUCUUUGGAAAUCCAUAUUUGUCAUGUAGACCAGAAUGUGUCGUUAAUAGUGACUGUCCUCUAAAUUUGGCAUGUCUAAGUAAUAAAUGUGAAGAUCCUUGUCUGAAUGUAUGCGGCAUUGGCGCUCUUUGUGAAACAGUAAACCAUCACGCUGUUUGUUAUUGUAAGCCUGGUACUACUGGUGAUCCAUACCUAAGAUGUCAAAGUACGCCAAUUACACCACCCACAUUGACAACUUGUGACCCAUCACCAUGUGGUCCUUAUAGUCGAUGUCUUGUAUCAUCAUCUGGAUUCGCUGUAUGUUCCUGUUUACCAGGUCACAGAGGUGUUGCACCCAUGUGUCAACCGGAAUGUGUUAGUAAUUCUGAUUGUCAACAAACUGAGAUAUGUGUGAAUCAAAAAUGCUCUAAUCCUUGUCAAGGAACUUGUGGCGUCAACGCUGAGUGUAUUACAAUUAAUCAUAAUCCAGUAUGUACUUGUAGCCCAGCUAAAACAGGUGAUCCUUUUGUAGCAUGUGUUGACAUUAUUAUAAACAAUAUACCAAUAGAGAAAAAUCCAUGUGUUCCUUCGCCAUGUGGGCCAAACUCAGUAUGCGAAAUAAAAUCAAAUCGGCCCGUCUGCUCAUGUCGUCCGAAUUAUUCUGGUACACCACCAUCCUGUAGACCAGAAUGUGUGAUAAGUCAAGAAUGUCCAUCACAUCAAGCCUGCAUUAACGACAAAUGUGUAGAUCCAUGUGCGGGUGCCUGUGGUAAUAAUGCUAUUUGCAAUGUAAUCAAUCAUACACCACUUUGCAGCUGUUUGGAAGGUUAUAAGGGUGACGCAUUCAUCGGUUGUGUUAUAUCAAAAACUGAGACUUCUAGUCCAUGCAAUCCGUCCCCUUGUGGGGAAAAUACAAUCUGCACAGUCACUAAUAAUGUGGCACGUUGUACAUGUAUCCCACCCAAUCUAGGAAAUCCUUAUGCGGGUGGUUGUAGACCAGAAUGCAGCAUAAAUUCUGACUGCCCCAAUCACCUUGCUUGCUUAGCAAAUCACUGCCGAGAUCCAUGCAAGGAUUUAUGUGGCGUAAAUUCUGAGUGUACUGUUACUAAUCACGUUCCUGUUUGUACGUGCUUUAAAGGAUUUGAGGGAAAUCCAUUCUCCUCGUGUCGCGAAGUCUUCAAAACACCAACUCCAUUUAAUCCUUGUGAACCAUCACCAUGUGGGCCAAACAGCGAUUGUCACAUAGUAAGCGAACGAGCUGCAUGCGUCUGUCGUCCUGGAUUCCUUGGAGUUCCUCCUGCUUGCCGUCCAGAAUGUGCUGUUAAUUCUGAUUGUCCGACGAAUAAAGCCUGUAUUAAUCUAAAAUGCAAAGAUCCAUGUAUAAACAGCUGUGGUUUAGAUGCAAGAUGUCAUGUCGUCGGCCACAAUCCAAUUUGCACCUGCCCUGAAAACCUUCCUGAAGGAGAUCCGUUUAUAAAAUGUUUCCGAAAGGAUGUAAGGUAUCCGGCUCCCGAUCCAUGUCUACCGUCACCCUGUGGACCAUACUCCAUUUGCCGUAACUCAAACGGUGAACCAGUGUGCGCUUGUGAGCCAGGCAUGUUGGGUGCUCCGCCGACAUGCCGUCGCCAAUGCGUGAUCAAUCAAGAUUGCCCUCUUGCACUUGCAUGUAUAGCAGGAUCCUGUGUCAACCCUUGCGUUGGAUCUUGUGGAUUCAAUGCACAAUGUAUGGUGCAAAACCAUCAGCCAAUCUGUUCCUGUAACGAUGGAUAUUCUGGAGAUCCAUUCGCUGGGUGUGCUCCUUUUGAGUCUCCAAAAGAAGUACCGCGUCAUCCUUGCCAUCCAUCACCAUGUGGAUCUAAUGCCAUUUGUCGUGAAAGAAAUGGUGCUGGUUCGUGUACUUGUCUUGAUGAUUUCUAUGGUGAUCCGUAUUUAGGGUGUCGUCCAGAAUGUGUUAUGAACACCGAUUGUUCUACAGACAGAUCGUGUUUUAAUAAUAAAUGUGUGAAUCCAUGUUCUGGCACUUGUGGACAAAAUGCAGAAUGUAGAGUUACGAACCAUGCACCUUCAUGCUCUUGCUUACAAGGAUUUAGCGGAAACCCUCUUCAUGCAUGUACUCCUGAUCUGAUUUUACAAGACCCAGUUGAUCCUUGUCAACCAUCGCCGUGUGGACCCUACAGUAAAUGUCGUAUAUUUAAUGGACAUGCUGUUUGUACAUGCUUAGAUAAAUGUGUCGGCUCUCCGCCACAUUGUCGACCAGAAUGUAUUGUUAGUUCUGAUUGUCGAUCGGACAAAGCGUGUAUAAAUCAAAAAUGUCAAGACCCUUGUUCCGGUAUGUGUGGAAUUAACGCUUUGUGUCAAGUUGUAAACCAUAACCCUAUAUGCAGUUGUACUAGCGGUUACACCGGUGAUCCAUUCGUUAAAUGUUAUAUAGAUGAUGGACCUAUAUCACCUAUAAAUCCCUGUAUUCCAAGCCCAUGUGGCCCUAAUUCACAAUGCAAUGAAAAUAAUGGGAUUCCAGUAUGCUCUUGUUUAAACAAUUAUGUGGGCCGUCCUCCUAAUUGCAGACCAGAAUGUGUAAUAGAUGUAGAAUGUCCAGGAAACUUAGCUUGUAUAUCUGAAAAAUGCAGAGACCCUUGUCCUGGUUCUUGUGGAAUCCAUUCUACGUGUAAUGUUGUAAAACACAUUCCAAUAUGUGUUUGUGAUAAUGGAUAUACCGGUGAUCCAUUUUCAGGAUGCUCUGCUAUACCUAUUAUUGAGCCUCAACUCGUGAGUCCAUGUGCACGUUCUCCUUGCGGAUCCAAUGCUGUAUGUAAAGAAAGGCACGGCAUAGGAUCAUGUUCCUGUCUUCCUGAUUAUUAUGGAGAUCCAUAUGUUGAAUGUAGGCCUGAAUGUGUAUUGAAUUCAGAUUGUCCAAAGGAUAAAGCUUGUGUAAAUAAUAAAUGUAAAGAUCCUUGCCCUGGAGUUUGUGGGAUGAACGCAGAAUGUCGAGUUCAUAAUCAUGCGCCAUCGUGUGCAUGCCUUCCUGGAUACGAAGGAAAUCCAUUCACAUCUUGUUACACAAGACACACCGAUACACCAGUUGAUCCAUGUUCACCUUCACCUUGUGGCCCUUAUAGUAUCUGUCGUAUAAGCGACAAUCAUGCUAUAUGCUCAUGUCAAGAACAAUACUAUGGGUCACCCCCAUUUUGUCGUCCUGAAUGCAUGGUCAGCAGUGAAUGUAUGCCCAACAGAGCUUGUAUAAAUCAGAGAUGUGUUGAUCCAUGUAUAGGAGCAUGUGGAAGCAAUGCAAAGUGUACAGUUGUUAAUCAUAAUGCAUUAUGUAGUUGCCCUCAAGGUCAUAUUGGGGAUCCCUUUGUAUAUUGUACUUUCGAAGAAAAAAAACCAGAACCGAAACCGUCUGGCAAUCCUUGUGUACCUUCACCAUGUGGACCAAAUUCACAGUGUCGUAUAAUAGGUGAUACGCCCGCUUGUUCUUGUCAACCUGGCUAUAUUGGACGAGCACCUAACUGUCGUCCAGAAUGUAUAUAUGAUGAGGAGUGCCCUAAUAAUUUGGCUUGUAUACGAGAGAAAUGUGCCAGUCCAUGUGAAGGGUCAUGUGGGUCAAACGCUGAAUGCAUAGUAAUUAAUCACAGAGCUGUAUGUCACUGCCGUGAAAGCUACACCGGGGAUCCUUUUAGAGGAUGUCAAUUUAUUGUCAAUGUUCCAAGUGAAGAUGAAACAAACCCUUGUAAUCCUUCUCCUUGUGGACCUAAUGCAAUAUGUACUGAAAGGUCUCACGCUGGAGCUUGUACUUGCCAACCAGGAUAUUUUGGAGAUCCCUAUCUCGGAUGCCGUCCUGAAUGUGUCACAAAUAAUGAUUGCCCAUUAGACAGAGCUUGUUCAAAUAAUAAAUGCGUAGACCCAUGUCAAGGAGCAUGUGGUUUAAACACUCAAUGUUCUGUUGCUCAUCAUACACCAGUUUGCUUGUGUAUUGACGGUUAUGAUGGAAAUCCAAUUAUUUCUUGUCAUCCUGAAAGAAAACCACCUACUGAAAACAUCAAUCCAUGCAUACCCUCACCUUGUGGUCCAUACAGCAUAUGCAAAUUAGUUAAUGACCAUGGGGUUUGUUCAUGUCAAGAGGGAUACGUUGGGUCUCCACCUACUUGUAGACCAGAAUGUGUGACUAGUACAGAUUGUCCUCAACAUCAAGCUUGUAUAAGACAAAAAUGUAGUGACCCUUGUCCAGGAACAUGUGGAGUGAAUGCUCGGUGCCAGACAAUCAACCACAAUCCAAUUUGUACAUGUAAAACAGGAUUUACGGGCGAUCCCUUUGUGACUUGCCAAUUAGAACAAAAACCUAUUACUAUGGGGCCUAAAGGAAAUCCAUGUAUACCUUCGCCAUGCGGUCCAUAUUCACAAUGUAAAGUAGUUGGAGAAGCGCCUGCAUGUUCAUGCUUACCAAAUUAUAUAGGUGUUGCACCAAAUUGUAGACCAGAAUGUUCUAUAAAUGCAGAAUGUCCUGGUAAUCUUGCAUGUCAAAAUGAAAAAUGUGUAGAUCCUUGUCCGGGGUCAUGUGGUUUCAAUGCGGACUGUUCUGUAGCAAAUCACGUAGCACUUUGUGAUUGUGUACCAGGGUAUACUGGUGACCCUUUCAGUGGAUGCACAGAAUUAGAAUAUGGACCACCACCUCCGCCAAAUCCAUGUAGUCCAUCACCGUGUGGAGCAAAUGCGAUAUGCAAGGAAAGAAACGGAAUUGGAUCAUGUACAUGUUUACCAGAAUAUUUUGGAGAUCCUUAUACAGGUUGUCGCCCUGAAUGUGUAUCCAAUUCUGACUGUGAUAGAAACAAAGCCUGUUCAAACAACAAAUGUAAAGAUCCUUGCCCAGGAGCUUGCGGUAUAAAUGCAGAAUGUAGAACAGUGAAUCAUUCUCCGAUUUGUUCAUGUCUUAAUGGAUACUCUGGUAAUCCAUUGGUGAGAUGUGAUUUAGAAAUUAUUUCAGACAAACCUUUAGACCCGUGUCAACCAUCCCCAUGCGGUCCGAACAGUCUCUGUCGCGUUAUUAAUGGUCACAGUGUAUGCACUUGUGAGAUUGGCUACAUCGGAACCCCUCCGAGUUGUCGACCAGAAUGUAUCGUAAGCUCAGAAUGUCCACAGGAUAAAGCGUGUGUAAAUAAGAAGUGUAUAGAUCCAUGCCCCAAUACAUGUGGCCUAAAUGCACGUUGUCAAGUUAUAACUCACAAUCCUAUAUGUAGUUGUUCACCAGGAUUCACAGGCGAUCCAUUUACUAGAUGUGAAACUGAAAAAACAAAAGUUCUCGAUUCAAAGCCCUGUUCACCAUCACCGUGUGGGCCCAAUUCAGAAUGUCGAGUAAUUGGAGAUCAAGCUGCUUGUUCAUGUUUGCCUAACUAUAUAGGAAGAGUACCAAAUUGUCGACCAGAAUGUACAAUCGAUGCUGAAUGUCCUAGUAACACAGCGUGUAUUAACGAACGUUGUAAAGAUCCCUGCCAAGGCGCUUGUGGAUUAAAUGCACUCUGUGUUACUGUUUACCACAAACCCGUGUGCAGUUGUCAACAAGGUUUUGACGGAGAUGCGACAAUAAGAUGCAUCGAAAGAGAAUUUUCGGUUACCGAAGUCACACCAACAUCUAGUCCAUGUUCACCAUCUCCAUGCGGACCGAACGCUGUCUGUCGGGAACAUAAUGGUGCCGGUGCAUGUGUUUGCUCUGAGGGUUACGAAGGUGACCCAUAUAGCCCUCAAGGUUGUCGUAGAGAAUGUGAAAAUAAUGACGAUUGCACACCGAAUUUAGAAUGCAUUCGAUUUAAAUGUAUCGAUCCCUGUCCUAGAACUUGUGGUCGAAUGGCACAAUGUAUCGUCGAAAAUCAUAUCCCUAUUUGUAGCUGUCCAAAAGGGUAUUCUGGGGAUCCCUUUUUUGAAUGCAAGCAUAUAGAAUUUACACGACUGCCACCAUCAUGCAGACCCGAAUGUGUUGUCAAUAGCGAAUGCGAUGCUUCUAAAGCUUGUAUAAAUCAGAAAUGUGAUAAUCCUUGUCCAAACACGUGCGGACUUAGAGCCCAUUGUUUGGUUAAAAAUCACAAUCCAAUUUGCACUUGCCCAGCAGGAAUGUCUGGAGAUCCAUUUACACAGUGUUAUCGAUCACCACCGUCCUGUCGACCAGAAUGCACAAUUAGUUCUGAAUGUCCAGCUUCGCUUGCAUGUCUACGACAAAAAUGUGAUGAUCCAUGUCCGGGAUCUUGUGGUGUAGAUGCCAAUUGUCACGUUUUAAAUCAUGUUGCUGUGUGUAUGUGUAAUGAUGGAUACACUGGUGAUCCAUUUACAAGAUGCGUACCAAUAAUUGAAGCCGCAACAACUGCCACCCCAUCAGACCCAUGUGUUCCUUCUCCUUGUGGACCGAAUGCGCAAUGUGACAAUGGAGUGUGCACAUGUUUACCCGAUUAUAGUGGAAACCCUUAUGAAUCAUGUCGUCCGGAAUGCACAGGAAGCCAAGAAUGUCCGCGAGAUAAAGCUUGUUUUAGAAAUAAGUGCCGAGAUCCAUGUCCUGGAGUUUGUGGACAGAAUUCCAAAUGUGACGUUAUAAAUCAUAUUCCAACAUGUUCAUGCAUAACUGGUUUCACUGGGAAUCCGUUUACCUAUUGUCAGCCUAUAGAAGAAAUUAAACAAAUCCCGAAAGAUCCUUGUCAUCCUUCGCAAUGUGGUCCAAAUAGCAUAUGUAAAGCACUUAAUAAUACUGCCGUAUGUGCUUGUAUAGACGGUUUCCAGGGUUCACCACCCAUGUGCAGACCCGAAUGCAUCAUCAGUUCAGAAUGCACAUCUACUAAAGCCUGCGUAAAUCAAAAAUGUAUAAAUCCUUGCAUCAAUGCUUGCGGUCUUUCAGCAAGAUGCGAAGUCAUCAACCACAGUCCAAUAUGUAGUUGUAAUCCAGGGCAAACCGGAGAUCCAUUUAAAAAAUGUUAUGAUAUUGAACAAGUUCCUCCUGAACCAAUAGAUCUUUGUAAUCCUUCACCAUGUGGUCCGAAUUCCGCAUGCAUUGAAAGAAAUGGAAAACCAAAUUGCAGAUGUGUCGAAAAUUAUGUUGGGCAACCACCUAACUGCAGACCUGAAUGUGUCAUUAACUCAGAUUGCGUUUCCAAUCAAGCAUGUGUAAUGAAUAAAUGUAUAGAUCCAUGUCCAGGGUCAUGUGGAAUAAACGCUGAUUGUAUUAUUGUCAAUCACAUGGUAUCAUGCAUUUGCAGAGAAAAAUAUACCGAAACAGUAACGCAGCCUUGUGAUCCAUCACCUUGUGGAGCAAAUGCAAUUUGUAAUCAAAAAGAUGGUGCUGGUUCUUGUUCAUGUAUGAAUGGAUAUCAAGGCAACCCCUAUGAAGGCUGUAGACCAGAAUGCGUUCUUAGUUCUGACUGUCCGGCUGAUAAAGCUUGUGUUAGAAACAAAUGUGCUGAUCCAUGCCCAGGCAUUUGUGGUUCUAACGCCGAGUGCACAGUUAUAAAUCACGUCCCAUCUUGUGCCUGUGUAAAAGGUUAUUCAGGAAACCCAUUCGAACAAUGCAAAAGAGAUAUAGUAAUAGAAGAUAUUAAACCAUGUCAACCAUCUCCUUGCGGACCCAAUAGUAUUUGUAGGGAAAAUGCUGGUUUGGCGUCUUGUGAAUGUCUUCCUGAUUACAGAGGAGCACCACCUGACUGUAGGCCAGAGUGCACUGUAAGCAGUGAAUGUCCAUCUGAUAGAGCGUGCCACAAACUAAAAUGUGCAGAUCCAUGUCGUGGCACAUGUGGAAUUGGAGCUCAUUGUCAGGUUAUCAAUCACAGUCCGUUAUGCAGUUGUCCAGCAGGUACAAGUGGAGAUCCAUUUUCAAGAUGCAAUGAAGUGUCACAUGUGCCUGUUAUACCAAUACAACCAUGUCAACCUAACCCUUGUGGACCCUUCAGUGAGUGUCGAGCGGUCAAUGGAAAUCCUUCAUGUUCUUGCAACAACGGCUAUAUAGGCACACCGCCAAAUUGUCAUCCUGAAUGUUUAGUCAAUACAGACUGCCCAUCACAUCAAGCGUGUAUUGCAGAAAAAUGUAGAAAUCCAUGUGAGGGUUCGUGUGGGUAUAGAGCAGAGUGUCGCGUCCAUGAUCAUAUACCAAUUUGCAGUUGUCCUACUAGUUACUCCGGUGAUCCCUUCAUACAGUGCAUUGAAGUUUUAGAUACUCCAAAACCUAGUGAAGAUCCUUGUAAUCCAUCACCUUGUGGAACUAAUACCUUAUGCGAUGCUGGAAUUUGUUCUUGCGCACCUGGCUUCUUUGGAGAUCCUUAUACUGGUUGUCGCCAUGAAUGUUCCACUAAUGGUGAAUGUUCACCAACUCGGUCGUGCCAAGGAGGAAAAUGUGUAGACCCUUGUCCAGGAGCUUGUGGUACUGGAGCAAGAUGCACCGUUAAUAACCAUAUACCAUCUUGUUCAUGUCCACCCAAGACAUCCGGAGAUCCGUUUCUAUUUUGCACUGAAGUCAUAAUAGAAACUGAUACCCGAUCAGCCUGCUCGCCUUCACCAUGCGGUCCCUAUAGUGAAUGCACAGUGAGCGCCAAUGGUGCGGCCGCGUGUUCUUGCAAGGCUGGUCAUAUCGGUUCACCACCGUCUUGCCGUCCGGAAUGCCUUGUCAGUUCCGAGUGCAAGUUGCAACUGGCAUGCAUCGACCGUCGUUGUCGAGAUCCGUGUGAGGGUGCUUGUGGCCGUGGAGCAAAAUGUCAAGUUAUUGCACAUUCACCGAUAUGUACUUGUAAUGAUGGAUUCACUGGGGAUCCAUUUACCUAUUGCUUCCCUAUACCAGAACCACCGGUAAAUAUUGAUCCAUGUCAACCGUCGCCUUGCGGACCAAACUCCAUUUGUCUAAAAGUAGACGAUACACCAGCUUGCAGUUGUCAAUCCGGUUAUAUUGGUAUUCCACCAAAUUGUCGACCUGAAUGUACAAUAAGUGCUGAAUGCCCAGCAACGUUGGCUUGUACUGCUCAAAAAUGCAAAGACCCAUGCGAACAAGCCUGUGGGUUGAAAGCAGUCUGUUCAGUAGUAGAUCACCGUGCUACCUGUGCUUGUGAACCAGGACUAGAAGGUGAUCCGUUCCAGGGUUGUACUAUACCUAAAGCUCCAUCGAAGAUUGAAUUCAUUAAUCCAUGUGAGCCUUCUCCUUGCGGGGCAAACGCUGAAUGUAAAGUCCUCGGGAAUGCAGGAUCUUGUACGUGCCUGCCUGACCAUUUUGGGGACCCGUACGUAAGCUGUAGGCCUGAAUGCUUAGCUGAUUCUGAUUGUUCUUUGAUGUUGGCUUGUAUUCAAAAUAAAUGUAAAGAUCCAUGCCCUGGUGUAUGUGGAUAUAAUGCAGAAUGUUACGUUAUUAAUCAUAAGCCAACAUGUAAUUGUAAAGUUGGCUAUACAGGAAAUCCACUAUCUGUUUGUUCUCUGAUGCCUGAAACGUCGCCAAGUAUUGUAGAAUCGACAGAUCCUUGCAUGCCGUCACCAUGUGGAUUAAAUGCUGCAUGUCGACAAGUGAACGGUCUUGCGUCAUGUUCAUGUUUACCCUCAUAUACUGGAUCUCCACCAUUCUGUAGACCAGAAUGUGUAGUACAUUCUGAUUGUCCCAGUGAUCAAGCAUGCGUUGCAGAAAAAUGCCGAAACCCUUGCGACGGAUCAUGCGGUCUUUAUGCAAAAUGCUUUGUUAACAACCACGUCCCCGUUUGUUUAUGUCCAGAUGGAUUUAUAGGAGAUCCUUUCCGAGAAUGUAUAGUUAAGCCACUCGAAGUUGAACCCGUGAUUCCUGCAGAACCUUGUUCCAUUCCACCUUGUGGGCCCAAUACUGUUUGUUCAAAUGGUAUAUGUGCGUGUGUAGAAGGGUAUCAUGGGGAUCCUUAUCUCGGGUGUCGGCCAGAAUGUGUAUACAACUCUGACUGUUCUACUGAUAUGGGUUGCCAGAAACAUAAAUGCGUUAAUCCUUGUAUUGGAACAUGUGGUUUGCACGCUAUUUGCAUUGUCACAAAUCAUAUUCCUAUGUGCACAUGUCCGAAAGGUACAUCAGGAAAUGCAUUUAUAGAAUGCCGUCCUACAGCAGUUACUUCGGAGAAUCCUUGCAAUCCUUCACCGUGUGGUCCAAAUAGUCAAUGCAGACAAAUAAAUGGUCAAGCAGUGUGUUCAUGUGUGCCUGGAUAUAUGGGUAACCCUCCGACUUGUAGACCCGAAUGUUUAAUCAGCCUAGAGUGUUCUUUAAAAGAAGCUUGUAAUAAUCAGAAAUGCAUCAAUCCUUGUAUCGGAGCAUGUGGUUCAGGAGCUAUUUGCGAUGUCAUCAAUCAUAAUCCGAUUUGUACGUGUCCACCACUAAUGACUGGUGAUCCUUUUGUUAGAUGCAUUAUCAUAGAAAGUGAUACUCCUGUGGUGAAUCCUUGUGAACCGUCACCGUGCGGACCAUAUUCUGUAUGUAAAAUAAAAGAUCAAGGACCACUUUGUGCUUGCCUACCUACAUAUAAAGGCUCUCCUCCAAAUUGCAGACCAGAGUGUAUUAGCAACAGUGAAUGUGAAUAUAAUUUGGCAUGCUUGAAUAAUAAAUGUUUUGAUCCCUGUAUUGGAACCUGUGGUGCAAACGCAGAGUGUAAAGUAGUGAGUCAUGCACCUUUGUGUAUAUGUCAACCAGGUUAUACUGGUGAUCCAUUUUCAGAUUGCCAUCCUCAAAUAGAACCAUUUGAAAUAUUAAAACCCUGUAGUCCUAGUCCGUGCGGGUCUAAUGCUAUUUGUAAAGAACAAAACGGUGUUGGAGCAUGCCAAUGUGUCGAUGGUUAUUUAGGAAAUCCUUAUGAAGGGUGUAGACCAGAAUGUGUUGUAAACUCUGAUUGCCCUCUCAAUAAAGCAUGUUCAAGGAUGAAAUGCUUAGAUCCCUGUCCAGGAACUUGUGGGCAAAACACUUUAUGUCACGUUAACAACCACAUGCCAAUCUGUGCUUGCCAAACUGGAUACACUGGAAAUCCUUUCAGUCAUUGCACAAUUGUUCAAGAACCAUUGCUCGCAGAAACGAAUCCCUGCAAUCCAUCACAAUGUGGCGCCAACAGCCAAUGCAAAGUAAUAAAUGGCCAGGCUGCUUGUUCUUGUCUAAUAAACUUUAUUGGUGCUCCACCUAAUUGUCGACCAGAAUGUGUUAUAAGUUCCGAAUGCCCGUCAAAUUUAGCCUGUAUCAACCAGAAAUGUGAGAAUCCUUGCAUAGGAGCAUGUGGACAACAAGCUAAUUGUAAUGUAAUAAAUCACAGUCCAAUUUGCGUUUGCAAACAAGGAUUGACCGGAAAUCCAUUUACAAGAUGCUAUCCAAUAAUAGUAUCGCAGCCAUCAUUUAAACCUAAUGAAGAACCCUGUGUACCUUCUCCUUGUGGAUUAUAUGCAGAAUGCCGAAACAUUAAUGGUGUACCAUCCUGUAGCUGUAUGCAAAAUUAUAUCGGUAGCCCCCCAUAUUGUCGUCCGGAAUGCACCAUCAACUCUGAAUGCCCCAGUAAUCAAGCGUGUAUAAAUGAGCAUUGUAGAGAUCCUUGCCCUGGAGCCUGCGGUAUCAAUGCUCAAUGUACGAUUGUGAACCACAUUGCUCAAUGCGCAUGUAUUGAUCAAUACACUGGAGAUCCAUUUAUACACUGUGCUCUUCUUCAAGAAAAUGAUGAUACUUACGUAGAAUUGAAUCCUUGCAAUCCAUCUCCUUGUGGGGCAAACGCUGAAUGUAAUGAAGGCAUAUGUACAUGCCUGCCAGAAUACCAAGGCGAUCCAUAUUUUGCCUGCAGACCUGAAUGUUUGGUGAAUACAGACUGUUCUCAACAUAAGGCAUGUAUACGAAACAAAUGUGUAGAUCCCUGUAAUGGCACAUGUGGUGUGGAAGCAAUUUGCAAUGUUUAUAAUCAUGUGCCUAUGUGCACAUGUCCAACAGGUUAUUCUGGAAAUGCUUUUAUUGAAUGCCGAAAGAAUGCUAUUGUAGAAAACCUAUCUCCGUGUAGCCCAUCACCAUGUGGACCCAACAGUCAAUGCCGUGAAAUAAAUGGUCAAGCUAUUUGCACCUGUCUUCCUCAAUAUAUAGGUGCUCCACCAACGUGUAGGCCUGAGUGUGUUACAAGUGCAGAAUGUGCAUUAAAUAAAGCGUGUUCUAAUCAACGCUGCAUUGAUCCAUGUAAAGGAAAUUGUGGAGCUGGAGCUUUAUGUCAAGUAAUCAACCAUAACCCUAUUUGUUCCUGCCCUCAAGGCUUUACUGGGGAUCCAUUCAGUAGAUGUAGGUUUGAAGAUAUUCAGCCGUCAGUUUAUGAAAAUCCUUGCACUCCUUCACCUUGUGGUCCAAACUCUGAAUGCAAGGAAGUCGGUGGCUCACCAUCUUGUGCUUGUUUGCCUGAAUUCAAGGGAAUCCCACCAGAUUGUCGACCGGAAUGUAUAGCGAAUUCGGAAUGCGCAAACCAUUUGGCAUGUAUAAAUAAUAAAUGUAAAGAUCCUUGUCCAGGGUCCUGUGGAAUAAACGCCGAAUGUAAAGUAAUAAGUCACACACCACAAUGUUUUUGUGCAUCAGGUUAUACAGGCGAUGCUUUCAUUAAAUGUACAGUCUUAGAAGUGAUUCUAAGACCAUGUUCCCCAUCGCCAUGUGGCCCCAAUGCUGUUUGUAAAGAGCUUCAUGGUGCUGGAUCUUGUGUGUGUUUAGCUGACUACACAGGUAACCCAUAUGAGGGAUGUCGUCCCGAAUGCAUUGUUAAUUCAGAUUGCGAUACAAAUUUGGCAUGCGUUCAAAAGAAAUGCCAAAAUCCCUGUAGCAAUGUAUGUGGAACGAACGCUAUAUGUAAUGUUGUUAAUCAUACUCCAACAUGUUAUUGCUUGCCGGGACUUACUGGAAAUCCUCAACAACACUGUUAUGAGAAAUUGACAGAUGAUCCUAUCACAAGACGAAAUCCAUGCACUCCAUCACCGUGUGGACCAAACAGCAAUUGCAAGGUAUCUAAUGAUCAAGCCGUCUGUACUUGCCAGCCUGAAUACAUAGGUACCCCUCCCGGGUGUCGACCGGAAUGUCUAGUUAGUUCAGAAUGUAAUCAACAUCAAGCUUGCAUAAACAAAAAGUGUAAAAAUCCAUGUGAAGGCGUUUGCGGACAAAAUACUGAAUGUCAAGUUAUCAAUCACAGUCCUAUUUGUUCUUGCCGUUCACAAUAUACUGGUGAUCCAUUUAGCCGCUGCUAUCCUUAUCAAGCUGAUGUCAUAGUAGUUCAAACCGAUCCUUGUUUGCCAUCACCUUGUGGACCUUUUUCACAGUGUCGUAAUGUGGGUGGCACUCCAUCCUGCUCUUGUUUACCACAAUAUAAAGGUAGUCCUCCAUACUGCAAGCCCGAAUGUACGUUAAACACAGAUUGUCCGAAUGAAAAAGCGUGUAUCAAUGAGAAAUGUAUCGACCCUUGUCCAGGAUCUUGUGGUAUCAACGCAAAUUGCAGAGUGCAAAACCAUAUUUCAAUAUGCACAUGCGUUGACAGACAUAUAGGAGAUCCAUUUGACAGAUGUAUAAUCAAACCUUUGCAAGAUGUUAUCCCUGUUGAUCUAUGUAACCCAAGUCCUUGUGGAUCAAAUGCAAUAUGCAAUGAUGGUGAUUGCACUUGUUUGCCUGACUAUAGCGGUGAUCCAUACUUUGGCUGUCGUCCCGAAUGUACGAUUAGUUCAGAAUGUCCUAUGGACAAAGCUUGCGUGAAAAACCACUGCGUUAAUCCUUGUGUUCAGACUUGUGGCAUAAAUGCUAUUUGUGAAGUUGUAAAUCAUAUGGCUGUUUGUACUUGUUCUCCAAAAACAACAGGGAAUGCUUUUAUUGAAUGUAAACCAUUUGAUGUUAUUCCGGGUAAUCCUUGUCAACCUAGUCCAUGUGGACCCCAUAGUCAAUGUAGAGACUUUAAUAAACAAGCAGUUUGUUCAUGCCUUACCGGGUAUCGUGGAGCACCACCAUCCUGUCGUCCAGAAUGUGUUGCAAGUUCAGACUGUCCACUUAACAAAGCUUGCAGUAAUCAAAAAUGUAUAAAUCCAUGCAAAGGAACAUGUGGAGUUAAUUCACUUUGUCAAGUAAUUAAACAUAGCCCGGUUUGUUCCUGUCCUUCUGGAAUGUCUGGAGAUCCAUUUACAAGAUGUAUACAUGCCAUCCCUGAAGUGUCAACACCCAUCAAUCCUUGUCAACCUUCCCCAUGUGGUCCAAAUGCACUAUGUCAGUUGAAUGGUGGUGAAAUACCAUCAUGCCAAUGUAUGCAAGAUUUUAUUGGUUCACCACCAAACUGUCGACCAGAAUGUAUUGUUAAUAACGAGUGCGCAACUCAGUUGGCUUGUAUAAAUAAAAAAUGUCAAGAUCCCUGUUCUCAGGCUUGCGGUAUAAAAGCAGAGUGUCGGGUAGUUAGUCACACCCCUGUUUGCAUUUGUCCAGAAGGAUUUACUGGUGAUGCUUCAGUACAAUGUAUUGUCAAAGAUGUUAUGUUCAGUGAAGUAAUAUCUCCAUGUUCACCAUCACCAUGUGGACCAAAUGCUGUCUGUGAAGAAAGAACUGGAGCUGGAGCAUGUCUUUGUGUGAAAGGAUAUUUCGGAAAUCCUUACGAAGGUUGUCACCCAGAAUGCUUAGGAAAUUCUGACUGUCCAAGUAACAAAGCGUGUGUUAGAAAUAAAUGUAUAGAUCCUUGUCCUGGUUCAUGUGCAGCUAAUGCAGAUUGUCAAGUAGUCAACCAUUCACCUAUGUGCACCUGUCCAAUUGGAUACAGUGGGGAUCCUUUCAGACAAUGCAUUAUAAAAAGUAUAGAAAUAGAACAAAAAAAUCCUUGUCAGCCUUCACCAUGUGGUCCAAACAGUCAAUGUCGGGUAGCUAAUGGUCAAAGUGUAUGCUCAUGUUUACCAGAAUAUCGUGGAUCUCCGCCAAAUUGUAGACCAGAGUGCGUUGUUAGUGCAGAAUGUUCUUCAGAUAAAGCCUGCAGAAACCAAAAAUGUAUAUCGCCCUGUCCUGGACUUUGUGGUCAAAAUACAGAUUGUAGAGUGAUCAAUCAUAGUCCUAUUUGUACUUGCCAAGAUAAAUAUACUGGAGAUCCAUUUACGAGAUGUUUUAUAAUAUCAGCUACAGUCGCAAUACCUUCUGGUGAACGAGACCCAUGUAUACCAUCACCCUGUGGUCCCAACUCAUUAUGCCGAAAUCUAAAUGGAAUUCCCUCAUGUUCUUGUCAGCCUAAUUAUGAAGGUAGUCCACCUGCGUGCCGACCUGAGUGUACUAUCAAUGAAGAGUGUGCUAGUAAUUUAGCAUGUAUAAAUCAAAAAUGUCGAGAUCCUUGUCCAGGCUCAUGUGGAAUUAAUGCAAAUUGUCAAGUAUUAAAGCAUAUAUCUGUUUGCACAUGUAUUGGCGGUUAUACUGGCAAUGCAUUUACACAAUGCAUUCGUACUCUACUAAUUGAACAAGAUGAUCCAUGCAAUCCCUCACCAUGCGGAGCUAAUGCAGAAUGUUAUAAUGGAAAGUGUACAUGUCUUCCCGAAUUCCAUGGGGACCCGUACUUUGGAUGUCGACCUGAAUGUGUUCAGAGCUCUGAAUGUGAUCAUGACAAAGCUUGUAUUAGAAAUAAAUGCGUUAAUCCUUGUCCAGGUCCAUGUGCAUCGAAUGCAUUAUGUACUGUAUACAAUCACAUACCAAUGUGCACUUGCCCAGAACGCAUGUCAGGCAAUGCCUUCUUUGAAUGUCGACCUCUAUUGGAAACUGUACCAGCAAAUCCUUGUCACCCCUCUCCAUGUGGUCCUAACAGCCAAUGCAGAGAAAUAAAUGGCCAAGCUGUUUGUUCGUGCACACCUAAUAACAUCGGAGCUCCCCCAAAUUGUCGCCCAGAAUGUACAAUUAGCGCAGAAUGCCCAUUAAAUGAGGCGUGUAGUAAUCAGCGUUGUAUUAAUCCAUGUAUCGGUUGUUGCGGUUACAAUGCAGAGUGUAAAGUAGUAAACCACAAUCCGAUUUGUACCUGUCCAAAUUCUUAUACCGGCGAUCCAUUUUCAAGAUGUUUUGAAAUUGCUCAAAUUUUACCAGACUCAAUUAACCCUUGCACUCCAUCACCAUGUGGACCACAUUCACAAUGUAAAGAAACAAACGGAGCUCCGGCAUGUACAUGUUUGACAGGUUUCCAUGGUCAACCACCUUAUUGUAAACCUGAAUGUAUAAGCAAUGAAGAAUGUUCAUUAGAACAAUCUUGCGUCAAUAAUAAGUGCAAAAACCCGUGCGAAGGCACUUGUGCUCUGAAUGCAGAAUGCAGAGUUAUUAGCCAUUCACCUAUAUGUUUAUGCCCGCAAGGUUUUAUCGGUGAUCCUUUUAUUCAAUGCACACCAGAAGUUUUUCAAACUGAAGAUAUCAAUCCUUGUUCACCAUCUCCUUGUGGUAUAAAUGCCGAAUGUAAAGAAAGAAAUAACGCUGGGUCUUGUACGUGUAUAGAAGGAUAUCUCGGUAAUCCAUAUGAAGGCUGUAGACCGGAGUGUAUAGUUAACACGGAUUGUCAAUCGAACAGAGCAUGUUUAAAAAACAAAUGUGUAGACCCAUGUCCAGGUAUUUGCGGAAGCGGAGCUACAUGUCAAGUUGUAAAUCAUGCGCCUUUAUGUACUUGCAUACCAGGCUAUACUGGAGAUCCUUUUAAAUAUUGCGUAUAUCAAGAACCAAAACCAUUACCAGUUCCUUCAGAUGUGUGUUAUCCGUCACCAUGUGGACCAAACAGUCAAUGUAAAUCAGUUAAUAAUCAGGCCGUGUGUUCAUGUCUACUAGAGUAUAUUGGCUCUCCACCUAACUGUCGUCCUGAAUGUGUAGUCAGUUCCGAAUGUCCUCAUGACAAGGCUUGCAUCAAUACUAAAUGUGUGAAUCCCUGUCCGAAGCCAUGCGGUGUAAACACAGAUUGUAAAAUAAUAAACCACAGUCCAAUAUGUACUUGUAAAUCAAGUUAUACAGGAGAUCCAUUUACUAUCUGCACUUUAAUUAGAAAUCAGCCUGUUCCGACACAAAAUCCUUGUUACCCAUCUCCGUGUGGCCCACAUUCAGAAUGCAGAGAAAUUGGCAAUACACCAUCUUGUUCUUGCUUACCAAGUUUCAUAGGAAUUCCUCCAAACUGUAGACCUGAAUGCACCAUUCAUUCCGAUUGCUCCAGUGACCGUGCAUGCAUAAAUUCUAGAUGUCAGGACCCAUGUCCUGGCUCUUGCGGUGUUUCUGCUAUAUGUAACGUUCAAAAUCAUAUUCCAAUAUGUUCCUGCAAAGAAGGAGAUUUGGGCGAUCCCUUUACUUUAUGCAAGCCACAACCAUUACAAGUGGAAUCAAGUGUCAUUGAUGACUGUACGAAUAUCCGAUGCGGACCCAAUGCGGAAUGCGUUAAUGGACAAUGCGUAUGUUUACAAGAUUAUCAUGGUGAUCCUUAUUUUAAUUGUAGACCGGAAUGUUUAUUUAGUACCGAUUGUCCCCAACACCAAACCUGUGUCCAAAGAAAAUGCUUAGAUCCAUGUAUAGGCGCAUGCGGUCAAAACGCUAUAUGUCAAGUUGUAAACCAUAUUCCGAUGUGUAGCUGUCAAAGCGGUUACACAGGGAAUGCCUUCGUAAUAUGUAAUCCUGUAAGAGAGCAACCAAUAGAAAAUCCAUGUGGUUCGGCAGUAUGUGGACCUAACAGCCAGUGUCGAGUAAUAAAUAAUCAAGCUGUAUGUUCAUGCCUCCCAACUUAUUUGGGUAUUCCACCAGCUUGUCGUCCUGAAUGUGUUGUAAAUGCUGAAUGUUCACAAAAUCAAGCAUGCAUUAAUCAGAAAUGUGUUAAUCCAUGUAUCGGGGCUUGUGGGCUUCGAGCCACUUGUGAAGUCAUAAACCAUAAUCCAGUAUGUGCUUGUCAGUCAACAUACACUGGAGAUCCAUUUGUGGAAUGUACAUAUAUCCAAAACAUUCCUAUUCCUGUUGUAAAUCCAUGUCAACCAUCACCAUGUGGACCAAAUUCAAUAUGUCAAGAUAUCAAUGGAUCACCGUCUUGUACAUGUAUGCCAGAAUUUAAAGGAACACCACCUUACUGUAAACCAGAGUGUGUAAGCAAUAGCGAAUGUCCUGUACAUUUAGCGUGCGUCAAUCAAAAAUGUAAAGAUCCCUGUAUACAGGCAUGUGGUAUCAAUGCAGAAUGUGGAGUUGUUAGUCACUCGGCAAUGUGUUUAUGUCCACAAGGAUAUAGCGGCGAUCCUUUCACCCGAUGUUCAAUAGCACAUACAGAAAUCUUAACACCAUGUACUCCUUCCCCUUGUGGCCCUAACGCAAUUUGUAGGGAGCAAAAUAAAAUAGGAUCAUGUGUUUGUAAUGAAGGAUAUUUUGGAAACCCAUAUGAAGGAUGUCGACCCGAAUGCGUAAGUGAUUCCGAUUGCCCAGGAAACAGAGCAUGCCUAAAUAAUAAAUGCCAAGAUCCUUGCCCCGGAACAUGUGGAAUUAAUGCUGAGUGUACCACUAUCAACCAUGCUCCUAGAUGUACCUGUUUAUCAGGUUUCACCGGAGAUGCAUUUAGACGAUGCAAUUUUAUACCACUUGAAGACGUUAUUCCAAUCAACGUGUGUAAUCCAAGUCCAUGUGGACCCAAUAGUGCAUGUAAGACAAUUAAUGCCCAAGCAGUAUGUAGUUGCUUGCCUAAUUACGUUGGAACACCGCCAUCAUGCAAGCCAGAGUGCACUCUUAAUUCCAAUUGUCCGUCAGAUAAAGCUUGUGUGAAUCAAAGAUGUAUCAAUCCCUGCCCUGGACCAUGUGGUCAAAAAGCAGAGUGUAGAGUGUUUAAUCAUAACCCAAUUUGUAGUUGUAGAACAGGAUUUACUGGAGAUCCAUUCACUAGAUGUUAUCCUAAACCAGUUUUCCAACCGCAAUUAGAUGAAAGAGAUCCUUGUGUACCAUCACCGUGCGGCCCAAAUGCGGAAUGUCGAAAUGUUGGCGGACAACCAUCAUGUUCUUGUACUAAUAAUUAUAUAGGAAGUCCCCCUAAUUGUAGACCUGAAUGUAUUAAUAACCAAGAUUGUAUCAGUUCUUUAGCAUGUAUAAAUGAAAAAUGUAAAGAUCCAUGCCCUGGUUCCUGUGGACAGAACGCUAAAUGUAAUGUGAUGAAACACAUUUCCAUUUGUAGUUGUUACGAUGGAUAUACAGGAGAUCCAUUUACGGGAUGUCAACUGCAACCAAUCCAAGAUGUGCCAACGGAUCUUUGUAACCCGUCACCGUGUGGAUCUAACGCAAUUUGUAAUAAUGGACAAUGUACAUGUAUCAUAGAUUAUCACGGCGAUCCAUAUGUGGCUUGCCGACCUGAAUGUACAGUCAGUGCAGACUGCCAAAGAAAUGAAAUUUGUGUUAAUAUGAAAUGUAAAAAUCCGUGCCCGGAUACCUGUGGUAUAAAUGCAGUUUGUGAAGUUUUUAAUCAUAUACCGAUAUGCAGUUGUCCCACGGGUUACACUGGCAAUUCCUUUGUUGCUUGUAAUAUUAAUCCCGUCGUUUUACCAUCGAACCCUUGUAAUCCAUCACCAUGUGGACCAAAUAGUCAGUGUAGAGAAAUAAAUAGUGUGGCGGUUUGUUCCUGUAUACCAGGUUAUUCAGGAAAUCCACCAACAUGUAGACCAGAGUGUACUACCAGCGCAGAAUGCCCGCUAAAUAAAGCAUGUAAUAAUUACAAAUGUGUUGAUCCAUGCAAAGGCUCCUGUGGUAUUAAUGCUCUUUGUGAAGUUGUGAACCACAAUCCAAUUUGUUCAUGUCCAAGAGACUUUACAGGAGACCCAUUUACAAGAUGUAUUGCAAAACCACUUCAGAUUCCAGUACAAAUAAAUCCUUGUUUACCAUCACCAUGUGGACCAAACUCACUAUGUCAAGCUAUUAACGAUUCGCCGUCAUGUUCUUGUAUGCCAGACUUUAUAGGAAAUCCGCCGAAUUGUCGCCCGGAAUGUACUAGCAAUAGUGAAUGUUCAAACAAUUUAGCUUGCAUAAACAAUAGAUGUGCAGACCCUUGUGUCGGUACUUGUGGGUCUAUGGCAAUAUGCCGUGUGACUAGUCAUACACCUAAUUGCGCAUGCCCUCAAGGAUUUUUUGGAGAUCCGUUUGUACAAUGUCACGUACAAGCACUUGAAAGUGUUCCAGAAAAAAUAACACCUUGUUCACCAUCGCCAUGUGGAAGUAACGCUAUAUGUAAAGAAAGAAAUAAAGUAGGAUCAUGUAGCUGCUCGGCUGGAUACUUUGGAAAUCCCUAUGAAGGUUGUAGGCCAGAAUGUACAGUUAAUUCAGAUUGCCCAUCGAACAGAAUAUGUCAACAAAAUAGAUGUCGUGACCCAUGUCCAGGCACAUGUGCUGAAAACGCUUUAUGUCAAGCUGUUAAUCACAUUCCUCUUUGUACGUGUGUAGCUGGUUACACAGGAAAUCCAUUCCAAAAAUGCUAUAUAAGACAAACGGAAACAUCUACAAAUCCGUGCACUCCUUCACCUUGUGGUCCUAACAGUGCUUGCAAAGUGAUAAAUGAACAAGCAGUGUGCAGCUGCCUUCCUGAAUAUCGAGGUGCUCCACCAAAUUGUCGACCUGAGUGUGUUAUCAGCGCCGAGUGUCCAGCGAAUCGUGCAUGUGAAAAUCAAAGAUGUGUUGACCCAUGUAAAAACCAGUGUGGGCUAAAUACCAAUUGUCAAGUGAUUAACCAUAGCCCUAUAUGCUCUUGUAUUGAACGCUACACUGGUGAUCCAUUCAGUCGAUGUUACCCAAUUACUAUUAGCAUCCCUAAUCAAGUUGAACCAUCAAGAAAUCCAUGUUUGCCUUCACCUUGCGGGCCUUUCAGUGAAUGCAGAGAUAUUGGACAAAUUCCAUCUUGCACUUGUUUACCAAACUAUAUAGGUGCACCUCCAGCAUGUCGGCCACAGUGUAUAAUUAAUUCGGAUUGCCCCAGCAAUUUGGCAUGCAUAAAUCAAAAAUGCGCAGAUCCUUGCCCGGGAUCAUGUGGCUUAAAUGCUCAAUGUACUGUUAAUAGAAAUAUGCCUAUUUGUACCUGUUUUGAUAAAUACGUAGGGGAUGCUUUUACUGAAUGCAAACCACAAGAAGUCAUUGAAGAUGAAAUAGAUGCAUGUAAUCCAUCGCCAUGUGGUCCUAAUGCAAUUUGCAAUAAUGGUGAAUGUACAUGCCUACCCGAAUAUCAAGGAGAUCCAUACUUUGAAUGUCGUCCUGAAUGUGUCUUAAGUACAGAUUGUCCUCAUAAUAUGGCUUGCCUACAAAACAAAUGUGUUAACCCUUGUAGAAGUGGCGUUUGUGCUAUAAAUGCACUAUGCGAAGUAGUCAAUCAUGUACCAAUGUGUAGAUGUCCCGAACGUAUGUCAGGAAAUGCUUUUAUUCAGUGUUCACCAAUAGAAGUUGUUCGUCCGGAACCAUGCCAACCAAACCCUUGUGGACCAAAUAGUCAAUGUCGCGAUAUUAAUGGCCAAGCUGUAUGUUCCUGCCUUAUCGGUUAUGUCGGAAACCCACCGUCUUGUAGGCCUGAGUGUAUAGUGAGCACCGAUUGUUCACCCAGUGAAGCUUGUAGUAAUAGAAAGUGUAUUAAUCCCUGUCAAGGAGCGUGUGGAAUCGAAGCUAUAUGUCAAGUUGUAAAUCAUAAUCCCAUAUGUUCGUGUCCAUCACGUUUCACCGGGAAUCCCUUCGCCAGAUGUUUUGUACAAGAAUUCACACCAGAACCGAUAAAUCCAUGCAUUCCAUCACCAUGUGGACCUAAUUCAAUUUGUAAAGAAAUUUCUGGAAAUCCUUCAUGCUCGUGUAUGAUUGGCUAUUUUGGAUCUCCACCGUAUUGUAAGCCAGAAUGCAUAAGCAACAAUGAAUGCCCAUCUAAUCGUGCCUGUAUUAAUGAAAAAUGUGCUGAUCCAUGUCCAGGAUCAUGUGGUAGUAAUUCUGAAUGUCACGUAAUAAGCCACUCGCCAACAUGUUCUUGCUUGCCUGAUUAUACUGGCGAUCCAUUUACACAAUGCCAAAAAUAUGAUAUAGUGCAAGAUACCGCAACUCCCUGUCAGCCAUCUCCAUGUGGUGCUAAUGCUAUUUGCAAAGAAUACAACGGAGCUGGUUCUUGUUCUUGUUUACCAGAAUAUUUUGGAAAUCCUUAUGAAGGUUGUCGGCCAGAGUGUGUCAUUAAUACAGACUGUCCAUCAAAUAAAGCGUGCAUAAGAAAUAAAUGUGCAGACCCAUGUCAAGGAGCUUGUGCUCCUAAUGCGUUAUGCCAAGUUGUAAACCAUUCUCCAUCAUGUAUAUGCGAACGUGGAUUCACUGGUGAUCCAUUCCGGUUUUGUAUAGCUGAACAAACAUCAGAAAAACCUUUGGAUAUAUGUCAACCAUCACCGUGUGGACCAAACAGUAGAUGUCAGGAAGUAAACAAACAAGCUGUAUGCUCUUGUUUACCUGACUACAUCGGAUCUCCACCUAGUUGCCGUCCAGAGUGUAUAGUUAGCUCACAGUGUCCCAGACACAAAGCCUGCAUAAAUCAGAAGUGCCAAAAUCCAUGUGUUGACGCUUGUGGAUUAAAUGCAGAAUGUAGAGUUAUAAAUCACAGUCCAAUCUGUCAAUGCAAAGUAAGAUACACAGGCGAUCCCUUUACGAGAUGUAAUCCUAUUCAACCUCCAUUAUCUAAUCCAGAAUUAGAGCCCUAUAAAAACCCGUGUGUUCCAUCGCCUUGUGGUCCCAAUUCGUUCUGUAAGGAAAUAGGAACGGUACCAUCUUGUACUUGUAUGCCUAACUAUAUUGGAAGCCCACCGAAUUGCCGGCCUGAAUGUUCGAUUAAUGCUGAGUGCCCAACGUCAGAAGCUUGUAUAAAACAGAAAUGUCGCGAUCCUUGUCUUGGUUCUUGUGGAAUAGGAGCUUUAUGCUCGGUAUCACAACACGUUCCAAUUUGUACUUGUCCUGAAGGCUACGCAGGUGAUGCUUUUACAGUAUGUUCACCGCAACUACCAGAAAACGAUGCCAUAGAUAAGUGUAAACCAUCACCCUGUGGACCAAAUGCUGUGUGCAAUGAUGGAAUAUGUUCAUGCGUAGAUGAACAUCAAGGCGAUCCCUAUAUUGGAUGCCGCCCAGAAUGUGUCCUAAGUUCUGACUGUCCAAGAAAUAAAGCAUGUUCUAAAAACAGAUGUAUUAAUCCUUGUGAAGGCACGUGUGCAGCCAAUGCCAUUUGCGAUGUAAUCAAUCAUAUUGCUAUGUGCAGCUGCCCUCAAGGAAUGACUGGCAACGCCUUUUAUAACUGCGAACCCCUGAAAGUUCCAGUGCAGAUAAAUCCUUGUCGUCCAUCACCUUGUGGUCCUAACAGUCACUGCAAAGAAAUAAGCGGUCAAGCUGUGUGCACUUGCGUGAGUGGCUAUAUAGGAAGCCCACCACUAUGUCGACCUGAAUGUGUCGUUAGUUCCGACUGUCCACCAAACAAAGCUUGUAGUAAUCAGAAAUGUAUCAAUCCUUGCACAGGAGCUUGUGGUGUAGGGGCAGAUUGUGAUGUAAUAAAACACAACCCUAUAUGCUCAUGUCCUAUAAAAUAUACUGGGAAUCCGUUUAUUCGAUGCAUACCUUUUAAACCUGUGGACCUUGACGUUACACCUUGCAUACCAUCACCGUGUGGUCCAAACUCAAUUUGCAAAGUAAUCGGAGAAACACCUUCAUGUACUUGUAUGACAAACUACUUUGGUUCACCUCCCUAUUGUAGACCAGAAUGCACUAGUAACAGUGAAUGUCCAUCUAAUCAAGCAUGCGUUAAUCAAAAAUGUGUGGACCCAUGUGUAAAUGUGUGCGGAGUAAAUGCACAAUGCAAAGUUAUCAGUCAUUCCCCUGUCUGUUUCUGUGAAAAUGGUUACACUGGAGAUCCUUUCUCAAGUUGUAUUAUACAACAAGAUAUUUUGAUAGAAAAACCGACACCAUGCCAACCUUCGCCAUGUGGAUCAAAUGCAAUCUGCAAAGAAUAUAAUGGCGCUGGAUCUUGUGUAUGUCUUUCGGAUUAUAUUGGUAACCCAUAUGAAGGUUGCCGCCCAGAAUGUACUGUCAAUACCGAUUGCAUGUCAAAUAAAGCAUGUAUAAGAAACAAAUGUCAAGAUCCAUGCCCUGGAGUAUGCGGGCCUUCAGCGAUAUGUGACAGAGUCAAUCAUUUACCUAUAUGCUCUUGUCCACCGGGAUAUACCGGAGAUCCUUUUAUACUAUGUCGUGUUGAAACAGAAAUAAUAUCCGCACCAACUCCAUGUAUACCUAAUCCAUGUGGCCUUAAUAGUGUUUGCCAACCUGUAAAUGGACAAAGCGUUUGUUCGUGUAUGCCUAAUUACAUUGGAUCACCACCUGGAUGUCGACCAGAGUGUACUAUCAGUUCCGAAUGUUCAGCAGAAAAAGCCUGUAUAAAUAAAAAGUGUGUCGAUCCUUGUCCUAGACAUUGUGGAUUAAAUAGCAACUGCAGAGUAAUUAACCACAGUCCAAUAUGCUCUUGUAAUUUGGGUUUCAUUGGUGAUCCAUUUACUCGCUGCUUUUUGCAACAACAGGAGAUAUUGGAACCAAAUAAAAAUCCUUGUGUUCCAAGUCCAUGUGGCGACAACGCAAUAUGUCGUGAUAUCAAUGGAUCACCAUCUUGUUCUUGUAUGCAAGAUUACCAAGGACAACCACCGAACUGUCGACCUGAAUGUGCAAUUAAUCAAGAUUGUUUAUCAAAUAAAGCAUGUGUGAAUAUGAAGUGUCGCGAUCCAUGUCCCGGUAGUUGUGGACAAAAUACAGAGUGUACCGUUUUUAACCAUCAUCCAGCAUGCACAUGCAUACCAGGUUACACGGGUGACCCGUUCUCAUAUUGUGUACCUAUUCAACCAGUUGAAGAUGAAACUCCUACAGAUCCAUGUAAUCCAUCACCUUGUGGAUUUAAUACCAAUUGCAGGGAUGGUAUAUGUACGUGCUUAUCAGAUUACCAUGGAGAUCCUUACUUGGGCUGUUCACCAGAAUGUGUAAUCAACAUGGAUUGUCCUCAAGAUAAAAUUUGUUCGGGAAAUAAAUGCACGAACCCAUGUCCUGGCAUAUGUGCCACAAGUGCUAAUUGCAACGUCUAUAAUCAUAUACCUAUUUGCACAUGUCCUGAGGGAACUACAGGAAACGCUUUCAUUGAAUGCAAUGUUAUUGAAAUUGUUCACGCAGAUCCUUGUAACCCCAGUCCUUGUGGUCCAAACAGCCAGUGCAGAAGUAUAAAUAAUCAAGCAGUAUGUUCAUGCCUACCCACUUAUAUAGGAAGUCCUCCAACCUGCAGACCAGAAUGUACAAUAAGCGCAGAAUGCCCUCAAAAUGAGGCGUGCAAUAAUCACAAAUGUAUUAACCCUUGUUUAGGUACAUGUGGUUACAGAGCAAGAUGUGAAGUUGUUAAUCAUAACCCAAUAUGUUCAUGCCCAGCGGAAUAUACAGGAGACCCGUUUACGCGCUGCGUCGCCAAUGUUGCUGAACCCUUGCCACCUGUUGACCCUUGCACACCGAGUCCAUGUGGGCCAUAUUCCGUAUGCAAAGUUAUAGGGGAAUCUCCAUCAUGUACUUGUCAAUUAAAUUACAUUGGAUCUCCCCCCAACUGUCGUCCAGAGUGCAUUAGUAACUCUGAAUGCCCCAGUAAUGCAGCCUGUGUAAAUCAAAAGUGUAAAGAUCCAUGUCCGGGUAGUUGUGGUUAUAACGCCGACUGUAAAGUUAUUAGCCAUGCUUUAGUUUGUACUUGUCCCUUCGGUCAAACAGGAGACCCUCUGAUAUCGUGUCAACCAAUACGAGAUAUUCCUAUUGAAUAUAAUUCGCCAUGUGAACCUUCUCCUUGCGGGCUGAACGCCGAGUGUACAGAAAGGAACGGAGCUGGAUCCUGCAAAUGUAUAGAAUCUUAUGUUGGUAAUCCUUAUGAAGGAUGUCGACCAGAAUGUAUUGUUAAUAGCGAUUGUCCGCCUAUGUUGGCCUGUGUCCAAAACAAAUGCAAAGAUCCUUGUCCUGGCGUUUGCGCAAGGAAUGGAAUAUGUCAAGUUGUGAAUCAUUUGCCAUCUUGUUACUGUCCACCGGGUCUUACGGGCAAUGCAUAUACAUAUUGUGUUGAAAAAACAGAAGAUUUUACUAAACCUGCACCCUGUACACCGUCGCCAUGUGGUCCAAACAGUCAAUGUCGAGAAGUGAAUUCCCAAGCCGUAUGCAGUUGUCAGGCAGAUUUCGUCGGAACGCCACCAAACUGUAGGCCUGAAUGUACUAUCAGUAGUGAGUGUGCAGUUGACAAAGCCUGUAUCAAUCGAAAAUGUGUAGACCCUUGCUUAGGUCAAUGUGCAAAAAAUGCCUAUUGCAAGGUGAUUGCACAUAAUCCGAUGUGUUCAUGCGCAGAACGUUACACUGGGGAUCCGUUCACAAAUUGCGUACCAACGCCAAUAUCAAUUCCAACACCGGAAGUACACGCAUAUCCUUGCGUGCCUUCUCCUUGUGGACCGAAUUCACUAUGCCAAGAAUAUAAUGGAAUAGCACGUUGUACUUGCCUUGAAAACUACAUAGGAAUACCACCACGUUGCAGACCAGAAUGUACAAUAAAUUCAGAAUGUAGUGCUAUAACAGCAUGUAUCAAUAAUAAAUGUAGUGAUCCUUGCCCAGGAGCCUGCGGAAAUAACGCACAAUGCAGUGUUUAUAAUCAUGGGCCCAUAUGCUCAUGCUUGCCUGGCUACUCUGGAGAUCCUUUCAGUAAUUGUAAUAUUAUACAAGACGUAGAACCCGUAAAUCCUUGUUUGCCAUCGCCGUGCGGAGCUAAUGCUAUUUGUCAAGAAGGCACCUGCUCCUGCUUGCCAGAAUAUUAUGGAGAUCCAUACUUUGGAUGUAAGCCAGAAUGUGUUCUGAAUUCUGAUUGCUCACGUGAUAAAGCUUGUAUAAAGAAUAGAUGUCGAGAUCCUUGUGUCGGAGCAUGUGGAAAUGAUGCACACUGCGAAGUCUUUAAUCACAUACCUAUGUGUUCUUGCCCGGCUGGAUUUACUGGAUCACCAUUUCAAUAUUGCACAAAAAUAAAUGAACCACCAAUAUUGACUAACUUAUGUGAACCUUCUCCUUGUGGACCUAACAGUCAAUGUAGAGCGAUCAACGGACAUGCAGUUUGUGUCUGUGUAACUGGAUAUAUUGGUAGUCCUCCGAAUUGCAGACCAGAAUGUGUAAUUAGCUCUGACUGCAAAUUAAAUCAAGCAUGUUCCAACCAAAAAUGCAUAGAUCCCUGCCCAGGGGCAUGUGGACGUAAUACGCAAUGUAUAGUUGUUAACCACAAUCCUAUCUGCACAUGUUUGCCGGGAUUCUCUGGGGAUCCGUUUUCAACCUGCCAGUUCAUCCCUGCAACGUUGCCAACUAAAGUAAACCUUUGCCUUCCUUCCCCUUGUGGACCUAAUUCGGAGUGUACCGAAAGCAAUGAGAACGCACAAUGCAAAUGCUUACCUGAAUUUAUAGGAUCUCCACCAAACUGUAGACCAGAAUGUACAAGUAAUAGUGAAUGUUCAACCAAUUUGGCCUGUAUCAAUAAAAAAUGCCGCGAUCCUUGUCCUGGUUCUUGUGGUUUGAAUGCUGAAUGUAGAGUUGUAAGUCAUACGCCAAUUUGCCGAUGUCAACUGGGUUUUUCUGGAGAUCCUUUCAUCUCCUGUAAUAUUGAAAUUGCUAAUUCAAUUCAAGAACGGCCAACACCGUGUGUUCCUUCACCUUGCGGGUCUAACGCAGAGUGCCGAGAACGCAACGAUGCAGGAUCGUGCACAUGCUUGCCUGGGUACUUUGGCAAUCCGUAUGAAGGUUGUAAACCAGAAUGUACAAUAAAUUCUGAUUGCCCAUCAAACCUUGCUUGUUUCCAAAACAAAUGUAAAGAUCCUUGUCGUGGUACCUGCGGAAUAAAUGCUCAAUGCGACGUCAUUAAUCACAUUGCAAGUUGCUCGUGCUUCGAUAACUAUUACGGUGAUCCUUAUAAAAUCUGUAAUAUAAAACAGCAAAUCGAAACAACAGAUCCAUGCAACCCAUCACCAUGUGGUCCAAAUAGUCAAUGUAAAUCUCAAAGUGGACUAGCGAUAUGUAUUUGUCUAAGCGGCUAUCAAGGAUCACCGCCGAUGUGUCGCCCGGAAUGUUUAACCAGUACUGAAUGCCCAUUAGAUAAAGCCUGUGAAAAUCUAAAAUGCGUAUCUCCAUGCCCUAGCAGCUGUGGAAUAAAUACUGACUGCAGAGUUAUAAAACAUAGCCCCAUUUGUAGUUGUAAACAGGGUUAUACCGGAGAUCCAUUUUCGGUUUGUAAUAUUUUGCCUGAAAGAGAACCAACACAUAUAGAACCAUUAGAUCCAUGUUUACCAUCACCAUGUGGAUUAAAUGCAGAAUGUCGAAAUAUUGGAGGCAUACCCUCGUGUACUUGCGCACUUGGAUUUAUAGGGAGCCCACCAAAUUGCAGAUCCGAAUGUAUUAUAAAUGAAGAUUGCAUCAACGACAAAGCGUGUAUUAAUAACAAAUGUCAAAAUCCAUGUCUGGGUGCAUGUGGAUUUAAUGCAUUAUGCAAUGUUGUCAAACAUGUCCCAAUCUGUUCAUGCCCAGCUGGAUAUCGAGGCGAUCCGUUUUCAAAAUGUGAUCUUAAACCUCCAGAAACUGUGUCUCUACCUGAUCCAUGUUAUCCAUCACCGUGUGGCGCUAAUGCCGAAUGCAAUAACGGCAUUUGCAAAUGCUUGCCUGAAUAUCAUGGCGAUCCGUACUUCGGUUGUAGACCUGAAUGUGUGCUUAAUAAUGAUUGCCCUUCUGACAAAGCGUGUUUACGAUCAAAAUGUGUGAACCCAUGUCAUGACAUGUGUGGUAUAAAUGCAGAAUGUAACGUAUAUAAUCACAUUGCUGUUUGUAGUUGUCCAUUGGAUAUGACGGGUAAUGCAUUUACACAAUGUAUACAAAUCCCAAAACCUACUGUUACAAAUCCAUGCCAACCAUCUCCAUGUGGGCCCAACAGUGUAUGCCGCGAUUUUAAUAACCAAGCAAUUUGUGCAUGUAUACAAGGAUAUGUCGGAAAUCCUCCAAGCUGCAGGCCGGAGUGUAUUCAAAGCAGCGAUUGUCCACCUUCGCAAGCCUGUAUAAAUCAAAAAUGCCAAGAUCCAUGUCCUGGAUCAUGUGGCUCUAAUGCUGUUUGUAAUGUUUACAACCAUAAUCCAAUAUGCAGUUGUCCCGAAAAAUAUACCGGAUCUCCUUUCACACGUUGCUACGUUAUUAUGGAGGAUCUUCCGCCUAGCAACCCUUGCAUGCCUUCACCAUGUGGGCCAAAUAGUAUCUGUAAGGUUACAGGGGAAAACAAUGAACCCACUUGUUCUUGUCAACCAACAUUUGAUGGCACACCGCCACAGUGUAGACGAGAAUGUAUAGCGAAUGAUGAAUGUCCAUUAAAUAAGGCAUGCAUCAAUUAUAAAUGUGCGGACCCAUGUCCUGGAUCAUGCGGUAUAAAUACACAAUGCAAUGUCCACUUACAUAGCCCAAUAUGUUCUUGUCAAAACGGACAUACCGGUGAUCCGUUCGCAUCAUGCUAUCCAAUAAUAUUUACGCCAGUUCCCAUAGAUCCAUGUAAUCCAUCACCUUGUGGGGCAAAUGCUCUUUGCAAAGUAUCAACAAACGGUGCAGCUGCAUGUCUUUGUGAAAAAGACUAUUUUGGCAAUCCAUAUGAAUCUUGUAGACCCGAAUGUACUGUCAAUUCUGAAUGUCCAUUCAAUAAGGCAUGUCUAAGGAAUAAAUGUGAAGAUCCAUGUCCAGGAACUUGUGGACCAACGGCUAUUUGUCAAGUCAUUAAUCAUAUUCCGAUGUGUAGCUGUGCAACAGGAUAUACCGGAAAUCCAUACUCUUAUUGCCAUUUUAUCAUAGACGAACCAGUUAUAACGCCACAAGACCCGUGCACACCAAAUCCAUGCGGUAGUAAUUCGAUUUGCAAGAAUCAAAAUGGCCAGGUUUCUUGUUCUUGUAUGCCUGACUUUUUCGGUGCACCUCCAAACUGCCGACCUGAAUGUACUAUCAACUCGGAAUGUGCAGCUACAAAGACGUGUAUAAAUCAAAGAUGUGUAAAUCCAUGUAUCAGAGUUUGUGGAGAAAAUGCUGAAUGUAGAGCUGUAAACCAUGCACCUAUUUGCAGUUGCAUACAAGGGUUCGAAGGCGAUCCAUUCAUAAGAUGUACGCCUAUAAGACAAUUACCAGCGCCAGAUUUAAAUCCAUGCGUACCAUCGCCCUGUGGUCAGAACUCACUAUGUCAAGUAACAAACAAAAUACCAAUAUGUACUUGUAUAGACACAUAUAUUGGAUCUCCUCCUAAUUGCAGACCCGAAUGUACUAUUAAUUCAGAUUGUGCUAGUAACAAGGCUUGCAUCAAUAACAAAUGUCGCGAUCCUUGCAUUGGGUCAUGUGGUAUAGAAACAGAAUGUCAUGUAUACCAACACGCUGCUGUAUGUAGUUGCAGAGAAGGAUUUACAGGAAACCCUUUCCAAAGUUGUCACGUAGUCGAACACAUAGAGUGUACGCACAAUUCAGACUGUGCUUUGAAUCAAGCCUGUCAUAACAACAAAUGCAUUGAUCCAUGUAUAAAUCUGUGCGGUCAAGGAGCAUUAUGUGAAGUUUACAAUCAUAUACCUAUGUGUAGUUGUCCAACGAAUACUACAGGAAAUGCAUUCUUCUCCUGUUCUGCAAUUACAGCUCCACCAGUACAAAACCCAUGUGUGCCUUCUCCAUGUGGUCCUAACAGUAUAUGCCGUACUGUUUACAAGCAAGCUGUGUGUUCGUGUUUGAUAGGCUACAUCGGUGUUCCACCUUCAUGUAGACCGGAAUGUUUGGUGGAUUCUGAUUGCACCAGCGCAAUGUCAUGUUCAAACCAGAAGUGUGUUGAUCCUUGUCAAGGCUCAUGUGGUCUCAAUUCUGAGUGUAAAGUACACAACCACAAACCUAUUUGUUAUUGCCCGAAUGGCUAUAAUGGCGACCCAUUCACUCGAUGUAUUAUUCAACAUGAACCAUUACGUCCAAGUAAGCCUUGCGAGCCAUCACCCUGUGGACCAAAUUCUGUAUGUAAAGUCCUUGGCGAUGCACCAUCAUGUUCCUGUAUGCCAAAUUACCUAGGAAGCCCACCAUACUGUCGUCCAGAAUGCAUAACAAAUAGCGAAUGCAAUUUCGACAAAGCUUGCGUCAAUAAAAAAUGUGUUAAUCCAUGUAUAGGAGCAUGUGGAAUAAAUACAGAUUGUCGAGUUAUAAGUCACUCACCACAGUGUGUUUGCCGAUCAGGUUAUGAAGGCGAUGCGUUUAGUCACUGUAUGCCUGUACGCUUUGAAACUCCAACACAACCUGUUAAACCAUGCUCACCAAACCCUUGCGGUCUCAAUGCCGUAUGUCAAGAACGCAAUAAUGUUGGUAGCUGUACAUGUUCCACCGGAUUUUUCGGUAAUCCAUAUGAGGGAUGCAGACCGGAAUGUAUAGUGAAUUCUGACUGCCCCGAUAACUUGGCAUGUGUUGUUAACAAAUGUCAGAAUCCUUGCACAGGACUUUGUGGAAUAAAUACUAUAUGCCAAGUGGUAAAUCAUGUACCUAAUUGCAUUUGUUUGCAAGGCUACAUAGGAAAUCCUUAUGAUAACUGCAUUAUUAAAGAAGAAGCUAAACCAAUCAACCCCUGUCAGCCUUCACCAUGUGGACCUUAUAGUACUUGUCAAAUAUCCAAUAAUCAAGCUAAUUGUAGAUGUUUACCUGAUCAUAUUGGUGUUCCUCCAAAUUGUCGCCCAGAAUGUUUGACGAGUCCAGAAUGUCCUUUAAAUAAAGCAUGCGUACGACAGAAGUGCGUAGAUCCAUGUAUCGGAAUAUGCGGUCAAAAUGCUGAAUGUCGAGCUCAUCGUCAUAGCCCAUACUGUACAUGUAUAAACGGAUAUGAAGGAGAUCCAUUUACCAUAUGCCUAAAACAAAAACCAGUACCAAUAAAUAUAACUUCUCCUUGUAUUCCCAACACUUGCGGACCUUUCUCAAUAUGUAGAGAAGUUAAUGGUGCUGCAAUAUGUAGUUGUAAAGAAGGUUACAUUGGUGCACCCCCACAUUGUGCACCAGAAUGUACUAUUAAUGAGGAUUGUCCUAAUGAUAAAGCCUGCGUGCGUGAAAAAUGUAUCAAUCCCUGUAUUGGCUCUUGUGGUGUCAAUACUAAUUGCCGAGCAAUUAAUCAUCUAGCUAUAUGCACAUGUGUGUCUGGAUAUCGCGGCAAUUCAUUUGAAGGUUGUUAUUUAUUAAAUGAGCCUGAAGUUACUUCACCUUUAGAUCCCUGUGUAAUAUCACCUUGCGGUAUUAAUGCGAUUUGUGACAACGGAACAUGCUCAUGUAUAAAUGGAUAUCACGGCAACCCUACAAUAGAAUGUCGUCCCGAAUGUACAAAUGACAACGAAUGCUCAAAACAGAUGGCUUGUGUCAAUUACAAAUGUAUAAAUCCUUGUAUCAACGCUUGUGGUGUUGACGCUGUAUGUAACGUUUAUAACCACCUCGCCAUUUGUGAGUGUCCCACACCGUUACGAGGAGAUCCUUUUAUAGCAUGUCGUCGUCUUGUUGAAUUAACAGUAUCAGAUCCGUGCACUCCAAACCCAUGUGGACUUAAUAGUAUAUGCCGCGCUGCUGGUACCGUGGCACACUGUUCAUGUCGUCCAGCCACGAGUGAGGAGCGUGGACCUGGCUGCAAGGUGGAGUGCCGCCGUGAUAGUGACUGUGCUUUAGACCGAGCUUGUCGGAACAACAAGUGCCAAGAUCCUUGUCCUGGUGCAUGUGGAGCGCAUGCAAUUUGCCGUACCAACUUUCAUUCACCCAUUUGUUCAUGCCCGGUUAACUAUAUAGGAGAUCCUUUCAUUCGUUGCUUACCAGCGCCCCUUGAUACUGAGCCGAAGUCAGCCUGCUCCGAUUGCGGUCCAAAUGCUGAUUGCUUCAAUAAUCAGUGUCAAUGCAAGCCAAAUUUCCUUGGUUCUCCUCCAUUCUGCCGCCAUGAGUGUAUCAAUUCCAACGACUGCGACAUUCGCUUCAUGUGUCUUAACAAGCGUUGUGUCGAUCCCUGCCCUGGAGCUUGCGGAUUCGGUGCACAGUGCACUCCAAUAUCACAUGAACCACAUUGCGACUGUCCUCCUACAACAACAGGAAAUCCACUUUUGGAAUGUCGUCCUCUCAAGAUUAUCCCUAAACCAAAUGAUCCUUGUACCCCAUCCCCAUGUGGUCCGGGGGCAAUAUGUCGUGCAAGAGGAAGUGGCGCGUCUUGUGAAUGCGAGGCGGGUCUUCAUGGUGAUCCUUACACAGGAUGUCGUCCAGAAUGUCUGGCCGACUCCGAUUGCUCCCCGUCACGGGCCUGCAUUCGCUCAAAGUGCCGCGAUCCCUGUCAGGGAACUUGCGGUGUUGGUGCAGAGUGUGAAACAGUUAAUCAUAUACCACUUUGCACUUGUCCUACUGGAACUAGAGGAAACGCCUUUGAAAGAUGUGACAUCAUUAUUACAGCGCCACCUUGUACACCUUCACCGUGCGGUCCAGGUGCAAUAUGCACAGUAUCAGGAAACAAUGCAAUAUGUUCGUGCCCUGCUGGUACUAGUGGUGAAGCCGCGUCUGGAGGCUGUCGACCCGAAUGCAUUGUAAGCUCAGAGUGCCCUCGUGACCGUGCAUGUGUGCGGAACAAAUGUAUCGAUCCAUGUAUCGGCGCCUGCGGCAAUGGCGCUCUAUGUCGCGUAAUCGACCACGCCCCUAUUUGUUCAUGUCCUUCACUUACAACUGGUGAUCCAUUUUUGGAAUGCCGAACUACAGAACCAUCACUUUAUGAUGACCCGUGCGAUCCAAAUCCAUGUGGACCACAUGGAACAUGCCGUGAUGGAUUCUGCACAUACCCAGAAUGUGUUGUUAAUGAUGAUUGUAGCGGAGACCGUGCGUGUAUUAACCGAAAAUGCACUGAUCCAUGCGUCAGCGCCUGCGGUCUCAACGCGUUAUGUACAGUUGUGAGACACGCAGCCGUUUGUUCAUGCCCGACUGGAUAUACAGGCUCUGCUUUUGUACGUUGCGAACGUAUCUUGAUAGCAACUCCGCCACCACCAACACCAGAAUGUACUAAUGAUAACCAAUGCCCGGAUAAUGCCGCGUGUGUAGAUACACACUGUACACCAGUUUGCGGUCCAAAUAAUUGCGGAGUUAAUGCUCACUGUAUAGGAAGACAACACAGAGCUCGCUGCGCUUGCUUACCUGAUUAUGAAGGAGACGCCUAUAGAGGAUGCUACUCGGUCCAAUGUCACAGCAACAAUGAUUGCCCUGAUGAUGAAAGUUGUGAAGGCAACUCCUGCAUUAAAGUGUGCUCACGAAUACGCUGUGGUAUAAACUCUCAUUGCGUCGCAAGAGGACAUAUUGCGUCAUGCGAAUGCGAUGCCGGCUCUCGUGGCAAUCCUUGGACCGGUUGCCGUAGUUAUGAAUGCAAAGUAGACGAAGAUUGUGCCUCUUGGUUGGCCUGUAGAGAAGGUAAUUGUCAAGAUCCAUGCCCAGGAGCUUGUGCCCAGGGAGCACUUUGUACCGUUGUACGCCACAUACCAUCUUGCGAGUGCCCUCGAGGCACCAGUGGUAAUCCAAAAAUUGAAUGUAAACCAGCACUUGAACCGGUUGAAUGUGAAAAAGAUGCUGACUGUGGACCUGGUCUAGCAUGUCUUCAAGGAACCUGUAAAAAUCCAUGCGAGGCCACAUCAUGCGGCGUGCGAGCUGUUUGUCGUGUUGCUAAUACACUACCAUUCCGUACCCUUGUAUGCGAGUGUCCUAAACCACUUAGUGGAGACGCAUCCGUACAAUGCAAUCCAAAAGAAGAAUGUACAUCAAACUCAGACUGCAGCGUAGAAGAGACAUGCUUAAAUGGUCGGUGUACAGACGUAUGUGGCACAGCAGCGUGUGGCUUUGGCGCUGAAUGUCGCGCCACGUCACAUGUUGCGUCUUGCCAUUGCAUCCCUCCGCUACAGGGUAACCCUGCUGUCGGAUGCACAACACCGGGUCAACCAGCGGAGUGUACUUCUGAUGAAAUUUGUGGAGCUGCGGAAGCCUGCAUUUCUGGACGUUGUGUGUCGGCGUGUGCUGGAGCUUGCGGAGCUAAUGCACUCUGUUCUCCCAUAAACCACCGUGCUAGUUGCCGUUGUCCACCUGGCACUGCUGGCGAUCCAUCACGCGCUUGUUAUACACCGGAAUGUACAAAUGAUGAUAACUGUCCAUUUGACAAAAUUUGUGUAAGAAGCUAUUGCCAGGACCCAUGCGUACUCGGCUCACCUUGCGGACGUGAUGCCGUGUGUGAAGCGGUAGCACACGUAGCUACGUGUCGCUGUCCUCCAGGCACACAAGGAGACCCACACAAAGCAUGCAUAUCCGCCGUUUGUCAUUAUAAUGAAGACUGUGAUGACACACAGACCUGCAACAGGCUCAAUCGAGUCUGCCAAUCGGCAUGCUCUGACAACGCAUGCGCACCAGGUGCCACUUGUACAGCUCGGAGUCAUCAACCUAUUUGCACCUGUAGACCAGGUCUUUCGGGUGAUCCAUAUUUACGGGGUUGCACUAAAGAAAAUACUGUUGGGUGCACGCGAGAUUCAGAUUGUGCUGCUCCACUUGCAUGUGUUAAUGCUCAAUGUAUCGACCUAUGCCUAAGUAAUCCCUGCGAUGUUGGACUCAUCUGUAGAACUGUUGACUUAUUGCCUCUUCGUGCAGUUGCUUGUGUCUGUCCGGAUGGUGGUCGUGUUGCUCCAGAUAGUGGUUGCAGGUCUCCACCGGAAGCUGAAUGCUCAGCGGACUCGGAUUGCGCCCUGAGUCAAAUGUGCCGUCGUGGAAGUUGUGUCGAUGCGUGCAAAGCCGAUCCUUGUGGACAAAAUGCACUUUGCGAAACCGUUGACCAUGCAUCACAUUGUACAUGUGCCCCAGGAUACAUAGGAAAUCCAAGACUUGAAUGUAACGUAGAACCAAAACAACAAUUCCCAGAAUGUUUUACUGAUGAUGAUUGCAAUACCGAACAACAAUGUCGCGACAGAUUCUGUGUAAAUCCUUGUACAAAUUCAUGCGGUCCAGGAGCUUUAUGUCGAGUCGUCGAUCAUAAGCCAUAUUGCGUCUGUCCUAAAGGGCAUACAGGAGUGGCUACUGUUCAAUGUGUACCACCUUCAGAUGGAUCAAUUACUGUGGGAUGUAAAGCGAACUCCGAGUGUCCGUUAUCACAAGCAUGUAUUAAUGGAGCUUGCGCCAACCCCUGUGCUUGUGGACCUAAUGCUGAGUGCACUAUUGUUAGACAUCAUCCCGUUUGUUACUGUGCACGCGGAUUUUCCGGAAAUCCCUAUACAGGAUGUACAAAAGUUGGAUGUUCUUCGGACAAUGAUUGUGAAGACAGCACAACGUGCUAUAAUGGAGCCUGCGUAAACCCUUGCGUAUUAGAAGCACCUUGUGCAAUCAGCGCAGAGUGUUAUGGUAAAGGUCAUCGACCAAACUGCCGCUGCCCUGCGGGAAGUAAAGGAGAUCCAUACACAAGGUGUAAUAUCGUAGAAUGUGAAAUAGAUAAUGAUUGUGAUGAUAAUAGCGUUUGCGUAAAAGGUACUUGUCGCAAUGCUUGCUCUCCUGAAGGGUACAAUCCAUGUGCAAGCAAUGCUGAAUGUUAUGCAAGAAACCAUGCAGCAUCUUGUAAGUGCCCUCCUGCCCUUCCUCUUGGAGAUCCAGUGAUUCAUUGCCAUAAAAUAGCUGUAGUCGGUGAACCUGAAUGCCAUUUCGAUAGUGACUGUCCUAGUGGCCAUGCAUGCUUAAGAGAUGAAUGUCGGGAAGCGUGUUCUGAACUAAAACCAUGUACUGGAAUUUCGCGUUGCUCCGUUUCGGAUAGUGUUCCAUUCCGUACUUUGGUUUGUCGCUGUCCUGAAGGAUUUGUACCAGAAGAAGGGGGCUCUUGCAGAACUGCCCAAUUACCACCUCCUAGCUGCUCUUCGGAUCAAGACUGUAGCGAACAAGAAUCUUGUGUUAAUAGAAUAUGUCGUAACCCUUGCAACUGUGGAGAAAACGCAGAGUGUUUCGUCCGCAAUCACCGUCCAGUCUGUUCCUGCCGAGAAGGUUUUGAUGGUGAUCCUUACCGCUCUUGCCGUAUUGUCGGAUGUCGAACAGAUUCGGAAUGCGAGUCAAAAGAAGCAUGCAUUAAUGGAAAUUGCGUUAAUCCUUGUUUGUUAAAUAACGAUAUAUGCGGACCGAAUUCUGAUUGUUUUGUAGAAAGAAAUCGUCCAUUAUGUCGAUGCCGAACUGGUUUUGAAGGUGAUGCUGUUGUGGGCUGUAGUGCAAUAGAAUGCAGAACAAAUGGGGAUUGCCCGUUAGACAAGCAAUGUCAUGCUCAUAGAUGUAUAAAUCCAUGCCUAUUUGGUCAUAGCUUAUGUGGAACAAAUGCCAUAUGUUUGGUUCGAAAUCACAACGCAGUUUGCAAAUGUGAAGAAGGUUUUAUUGGAAGUCCAUAUAUACAAUGUAAGCCUGAAAUUACACCUGAAUGUACCGUUGAUGCCGAUUGUCCAUCAAAGUCUGCUUGCCUGAAUUCUAAGUGUGCAAAUCCAUGUACAUCUUUAAGACCAUGCGCUACACCAGCACGCUGUGAAGUAUCACCUACCUUGCCAGUUCGUACAAUGCUUUGUACGUGUCCUCCUGGGUAUGUGAGUAGCGGCGGAGGUGUUUGCAAACCUUCUACCUCAGUAUCUGAUGUAUCCUGUGAAAUCGACAACGACUGCACAUCUAAUCAUGCAUGUAUAACUUCUCUGUGCAAAAACCCUUGUGAUUGCGGUUUUAACACAGAUUGUGUAAUAAAAGACCACAAACCAGUGUGUGCUUGUCAGCCUGGAUUUAUCGGUGAUGCUCGAACAGGCUGUUAUAAAGUACUAUGUAGAUCUGAUUCACAAUGUUCAGAUGAUGAAACUUGUGUUAACAAUCACUGCGUACCGGCUUGCUCUGUUGAACCAGAUGUAUGUGGAACGUCUGCUGAGUGCUACGGCUUAGAACACAGGGCAGCUUGCCGAUGUGAGAUAGGUACAACUGGAAAUCCAUCAAUUGGUUGCACACCAAUUGGCUGCCGUACGAAUAGUGAUUGCCCAUUAGAAAAAUCCUGCAUUAAUUCUAAAUGUGUGAACCCGUGUACAGCGGGUACCUGUGAGGAACCAGCGGAAUGUCGUGUCCACUUCCACGAGGUUCAUUGCGUAUGUCCACCAGGUUUCGAUAGCACUCAGACCGGCUGUGAAAAAAUCGACCAACCGCAGUGUACUUCCGAUAGCGAGUGUCCGUCAGGCACUGCCUGCCUAAAUGCGAAAUGUGUGAACCCCUGCACCACAAUAAAACCUUGCGGCACCAACGCUGAAUGCCACAUCGUUGACACAGAGCCCGUACGUACAAUGAUUUGCGAAUGCGUACCUGGAUAUCGAGGAAAUGCCCUAAUGGAAUGCACAGCUAAUAUACCACCAACAGCUAAAUGUGUAGAUGGACAAGGGCUUAAUUCCCUGGGUGAAUGUGCCCCGUGUCGCGCUGAUGAAGGUCGUACAGUUGACUCUCGUGGCCGUUGCGUGUGUGACACUGAGCAUGGAUGGGCACCACGAGGAAAUGUUUGCAUACGUGUUAUUUGCGACACCGAUAGUGAAUGUGGAGAUCGAGAGCGCUGUCUUAAUCGCAUGUGUGUCGAUGCUUGCGAAGCUGAACCCUGUGGUAAAUUUGCUAUUUGCGAGGCAACCGGACAUCGUUCACACUGUAACUGCAUUGCUGGGUACUCUGGUAACCCACGUGUUCAAUGUAACGAAACAAAUAAAAAUAUCACUAAUUACCGUACCGACUUCCCGCUACCCGAAAUGCAGGUUCACUGUCUUGCCAAUGGUAUACGUGUGAGUUUGAAGAUUAAAGACGGCUUCAACGGACUAUUAUAUGUAAAGGGCUACAGCAAAGACGAACGAUGUGGAUUGGUAGUCAACACACCAGUGAACCAAGAAAGUCCUGUAGACUUUACUGUGCAAUUCGGAAAUUGCGGCCUUGUUCACGUGAAUGGCUUGGCGAGUUUCGUCCUUGUGAUGCAAGACCAUCUUAAACUUGUAACAUCUAACGCCAAGGCAUUCCACAUCAAAUGCAUCUACCAAACUGGCGAAAAGAACGUAACAUUAGCCUUCAACGUAUCGAUGUUAACAACAGCCGGUACAAUAGCUAACACUGGACCACCGCCUAUUUGCGCCAUGAGGAUCGUGACGCGAACCGGCGACGAAGUCAGCUCUGCCACGGUCGGAGAAAACCUCAGUUUACAAGUCGACGUUAAACCAAGUAGUAUUUACGGUGGAUUCGCUAGAAGUUGCAUUGCGAAGACUAGUGAAGUUGCAACAAAUAUUGAAAACGAAUAUACAGUAACAGAUGCGGACGGGUGCGCUACAGACCCGUCCAUCUUUGGCGAAUGGGAACAUAAUGAUGAUGGCACGUUGCGAGUGAUGUUCAAUGCCUUCAAGUUCCCUAGUAGUGACAAUAUCCGAUUCCAAUGUAAUAUUCGUAUUUGCUUCGGAAAAUGUCAACCGGUUAACUGUCGCGGAAGAGAUGCUUAUGGAAAACGAAGAAAACGAGAAGCGAUUGACAGCGACGGCUCUCUAUCGGGCAUCGAGGGCCAGCUGCGUGAGGAGGUGACGGUAGAGUCAAACCAAAUCUUGACUCUCGAAAGGCGUUCCGCGUCCCGAGCAGCGCGACAACGUGAGGGCGGCGUGGGUGCCGGCGGCUCAGCAAGCGGUGGCGAAGUGUGCGUGUCGGCCGCCGGUUUAGCUGUGGCACUGGCACUGACAGCGUUACUAGCAUUAGUAGCAGUAGCAGCAGCUGUAGCGUGCUGGCUAGUAGCAUGGCGGCGGGCGCGGCCGCCUCCUGCGCCACUUCCGCACCCGCCCGACUUCCCCAAUCCGCUGUUCCAGCGCUAAGCCCGCUAGUCUCGCGCCCCGCUCCUCCGCCGGCGCCGGGCGGUGUCGGCUCUUUCUACUCACUCAUUCAUCUGUGCGCGCCGCCGGAGGACCGCCGGGUGAGGGCGUCGCGAGUGCUGCGCUUUUCAGCGCCCCUCGCUUGCGCUCGUUGCGCCCUAUUUUAGUUAUAUUUUUUAAUAUAUUUUUAUUCUUUUAUUAACUUUAAAUCGUCGUCGCCUCCUUCGAAUUUUGUGAUAUUCAUAAUAUAAAUAUUCGAAAUCGUCAUAAUAUUAUGUAAAUUACUGAUUAUAUAUUAGUUUAAAUAAAUAAUAAUAAUAAUAUUAAUAAUAA